AUGAGACCACUUGCUGAUGACAUCUCGGCCGUCGCGGGCAACAAUGUCCACGGUGUGACCCGCAGCAUGCCGGACGCAGGUUGAUGACUUGCGCCGCAUCUAUCGCACUCUCUUCCCCACAAACUACCUGAAUCCGGUGACAAGGCAGAGUCAAGAAGACCUAAGGCGAGAUAGGAUGCGGUGACUAAUACGACUAAACAGUCCGUCCAUACUGUCCAAGAGGCGGCAGAAUAGGGAUUCAGUUUGUAAAGCAAGCAGAUGCGAUGCCCGGAUCUCAGCUUGUUUCGGAGCUGUCUUAUGCAACCAUACCUUCGUUUGGUGAAUGCUGUUCCCGAAGACCAUGGAAUAUUAAAAGAAGAUUGCAGGGACUAGCUGGACGUUCUCUUCUCAUCAUAGUAAAUUAUCUCGCAUGCCAUUCUUCGAAAGGAUGAUAUAAUUCAUGAACAGAAACUGACUGAAAAAUUACCCUGACUGGCCAGAAUACGGAGCGUGCAGUGAGGAUGUUUUGACAUAAAAUAUAGUAGCCGAUCAUCAUUAUGCAGUGGUAUUUCCAGUCGCUAAGCGAUUUUCCAAACCAAGUAUGUACGUCAUGAGAGCGGCACUAGCGGAAUACAGAAUUUUCUGAUUUUGAUUUUCUCAACAAUCCGGCUCUUUUCUGGGAUUUAAUUGUAUUUAUUUUACAAACCACUGUCCCGUUGCCUUGGAGAGGGUGCUUUUAACCGGACAGUCAUAACACAGCGCAUAGGUAAUGAGCGCACAUGAGCAUAUUUCACUCACUCUCGUUUCGAGCGAAACUUCUGAGAAGAAAAUAUGUCUCGUGUUUGUGCUGAGAACACAAAAGUAAUCCACAUUCUACCAGCAAAUUUGUGAAUUACAUUAAAAGAAAAUUCAUUUUCCUAACUAUGCCAGCUCGUUCUAUCUAAAUGAGAAUGCUAAUUUCUGUCCCAAGUGUUAAUUUCAGAGGGGAACUAUGAGGGGAAAUUCGCUCCCCUAAGAGACAGAAGCAGUUUUCUGACGCUUUGAAUUCAUGCUCGAGACAAACAUCAGAAAUUGGGAAGUUUCCGAGUUUAAUAAGAUUUUUUAUGAAGUUGAUUUAGCUCAGAUAUUGCCCGUCUACCGUCAAAACUGGCUUUAUACGCUCUGAUACGCUGCUCGGGGGACCGAUCUCAUCCGUUGAUUGGCGAAAACUGGCAAUAUACGGAAAAAUCUCUCAUCAUCUAAUGAUUAACCCAAGCUCAUGCCCGAGGAUUCGGAUAAAUUAACCUACUGACGGUGGGGAGGGGGUUAGAUUGUCUUCUUUUCCGAUUUAUUCUUUACCUGAGUCCUAGGAAAACAUCCCAUUUGCUGACUGAAGGUUAUUCUGCAAACCCCCUGCGACACUUUAAAAGGAAAUUGUUUAGUAACCUGGACGGGUGAGUGACGGAAGCUUUAUUUUGUCCAGCCCAAUGGUCCUCGACCAGCCACUAACACAUUCCUCUUUACCAGUGGCCGAACUAGUAAAAGAGGUCUCGGCAUUCAGAGAAAAAAAGCGUAACACGAUCUGAUCUCGGCCACCACCGACGGUCGAUGAUCCGAGUGCAGUAUGUGGCGAGCGGGUUUGACCAAUCACGGUGGCCGAUCGGAAAGACGCGCUAGGUCGAUGAGUACAGGUGCAAACAUGCCUUCCUCGCAGCCAAGGAGCAAGCCGAGUGGCGUAGCCAAUCAGACGGCUCCGAAGCCUCGAAUGAGUCUCGCAAUUCGUCGCCAGUUGAGAAAAAUAGGUAUAUUCCGAAGUAUGGCAUUUUAGAUAUAUUUUUUAACUAGUAAGCAAGGAAAGAGGAUGGAACAGGAGCAGAACACCCCGAAGUGAGUCACUUGUCUCCUUCUUCGCCGUUGUUUGCAUGCAUGCUUUCGGUUUCGGGGAUUUAUUUUGCCUAACAGCGUAUAUGUUUACUACUGGAUUUGUGUGUAGACAAAAAACACUGCCUGCAAAUUGUCUUGACUCGACAACGUCGACAUUAACUCAAAAUGUAAUCUGCAUGCCUGCCCUAGGAAACAACUAAUAGUCAGGAUCCAUAGAUGCUGCAGCAGUCGUUUUGACAAAAACCAACCUCACUGACAAUAGGCAUUUCAGACACACCCUAUCAAAAUAACCCAAGUGAGUUUGCAAUAGUAAGAAACUCUCAGUAGUGAAUAAUAAAUUGAAUCAAACUUGAGACAUCAACGUUUACUCUGAGGACAAAAGUCACAAGGAUAAUUGCAUACUUUCCCAGGGAAAAGAAGGGAAAUAUAUGGAUCCAAAGCAUGUAAAUUAAGCCGACUUUAAGCAGAAGUCUCAUUACAUAUCUGGUGAGAUUAUUUGCCUCUGAGUUAUUGGUCAGACAGAAGCCUAAUAAUGGAUUGGGAAAGGGAGAUAUGAAAACAUCUAAUGUCUCGUUUUCAGAUCACAUGUGGCUGCAAUAGUUUGGAAUUGUAUUGUGACCAGUAAAAUGGUCCCAGGUGACGUCAGGGGCAGUUGUCGCCUCAAAACGUUCAUACACGACAACGUAAAUAAUUUGCGCUCUUUGGAGAAUUAAUUUAUUCCAAAAAUAACCGGGAGACAUGGGAUACUUUCCUCCUGGCCUCUGUCAAAUUUAUUGGCUCAUUUUGUGACGAACUUAUCAUAUGCGACAUUGCUAACUAGACCCACAGACUCAGUCGUUUUAAAUUGAAUUUACAUAUAGAUCCCUUUGUGACAAAAGAGGAACAACGUAAAGAUGUAGGCAUUUUUUGCUGGUUAUUAGACGUUGAAAAUAGACACACAACUACUGAUCGAGAGUUUACACUGGGAAGAUAACGCGAAUCGUGAUUUAGGCAAGCGUAACUCUAAAAAACAUCCUUACUAUGGUAAUUAUAUGCCGAGACAAUAGUCCACUACAUGCCUGCUAGAAGCACUGUCCUAACAUACGUAUAGUCUUAAAGCUGUUGGGCACAACGACUACAUCCGUAUGUUCAAAAUUUAAAAAUGUAAAUAAUUUUGAAUGUCUGAACAUCUGUGUUAACAGCAGGGCUAUUUCUACAUUGACUACUAACUAAAUACACGAAGCUCCUUCUGAGAAGGUAAGAGCAUCUAUGCACACAUAGAGGUUCCUCCGACAACAAUUGAACACAAUUCACAAAGAUAAAAGCACUUCAUUUAUAAGUUAUCAGUUGUUUUAACAAUAGAGUUCUUGGACAUUUAAACUACUUUUGAGUUAGAUUUAGGCGUCCUCAACCAAAAUGUAACGUUUCUAUUGUCUUUCUUUGCGUGACCAUUGAAAAAAACAUUGUGUGAGACAGCGUAUACAUUUUAUUAUCGUUGACAAAAUUCAUUGGUUAGCAGCAUUUGCUCUGGUGCCUAGCAAUUCAUGAAACGAAGAAAAUUAACUGACAAAUCUUCAAGAUCAUUCUGCAGAUGUUGUGAAUUGUGGUCACUUACACUUCAAAAUAAUUUCAUGCGUGAUUUUACUAAAAUGCGAUAAGCACGCAAAACUCCUUUUGAGUUCCGGAUAAGUAAUUCAACGUUGCGCAAAUGAGCUCUGAUGAGGUAUAAGAUAAGCAUGACUGACAAUGCGUUUACUGCAAUUAGCGUUGUUGAGAGAGUCAAAAAUAUGUUAUUUAUAAAUGUGCAAGGAUCUCAAACAUUUGGAGAGCUUUAUUUACUGAGGACAAUUUUCAUAGUUUCAAAUAUUUUUUGGUCUACUUAGUUGAGUCAGGUCUGCCUGUAUUUGUGUACUUAUGAAAAAACGGAAUUACUCCUGCUCGACACUUCAGUGGUUUAAAUAGGUCCCUAAGGUGCAGUAUUUCUCUGCACCGGAUAUCCAGACAGCAAACACUUGCAGAAGGUCUGAAAUUCGUUUUUUGUGUAAUUUGAUAGACCAUUUACCUUAGCUGUCCUAAUACUGCAAAAAUCUCUUGGGAUCCGUUUUAUAUUAAGGGACUGUUCCCUAAUACCAGCUAAAGGCAAUCCUCGACCGAGUUUUGGCAACGUCGGCAGAAUCGACAGUCGUAGGACGCUAACUGUGUUUUGUGGGCUAAAAAUCGCCAAUCUGAUCAAAAAAAGUUGAAACAACGUUCAAAAAGUGUACGGCUGUUGCAGAAAUAGUGUUCUACUGCGUUGCACAUCGCAUGCAUUGUGCCACAGUCGAAGCUCUUAGCCACUCAGGGGCUUACAUACAAUUUGCGUAUCUGUGGCAUGAAAUCGACUUCGGGGUUGCAAUAGGUUUCAAUAAAUCUGGCUAAAAAUCGUAUUUAGACAUUUCUAAGCCGUAUUUUUUAAGCCGAUGGAGGAAAGCAUCAGUAAACAACUAGAGAAUGAGUUGGAGGCUUCCUCAUCUAGAAUAAACUCAAUGAUCGAAGAAAACGUAUUUAACUAGGGAAUAUUUCAAAAGCACGUUUGUUGUACUAAAAAACAUAAAAAUGAAUAGCACAUCGUUUCCCCAAUCACAGGAGCGCCUUAGAUACUUGCAAAGAUUUUCCGCAAAAAUCGUUAAACCUCAGGCAUGCAAAAGUCACUCAUUUUGUCAGGUCGGUUCAUGUACUUCCUUGGAAUACCAGUGAUUGCGACAAAAUUGCUUCACUCUAAGCACGCAUAGCCGAGAUAAGAAGAGUUUUAAGGCGACCUAAAAUUAAGGCCCCAUAGCAGUUUUCGAUAUAUGCCCUCUCUCUAAACGGAUUAUCUGAGAUGUUUAAUCUCUCUUGAAUGCACAACGUAGCCUUGUUGCGAUGCGGAGUAACUAUAGAAUACCGGACAGACUGUGUAUGCAGAAAUGCAAAAAACCCAGUGAUCGACUGCAAAAUUGACCCAAACCCAUAAAACGCCGAUCUGCAUCUCUGAGUAGGCUUUUGAAUUGCGAAUGCUAGUUGCACUCAAUUUCAUCAAACAUACUUUAAACCAGCAGGGACUGCAUAUCGCCGAUAAACUGAAAAUCACCUUCCUAACUCUGACUCAUAAAGUUGCGUUGCGUAUAUGGACCACGCCACAUACCCCGUAAAAACAUUUAUACGCACAGAUGCAAUGUCUUUUGAACAGACAUUUCAUAGUCUUGAAAAAUUCCACAAUGUCAUAUUAUUCCUUCUAAGAUACUGUUUAUUCGAGGAAUAAUAUUUAAAGAAGACGCAAGUUACUACAAAGUGGGGCUGUUAAAGAGUGUUUGCUGAGCGCGUUCCCCCUAAAAUAUUUCCGAACUUAAAAAACACCUAAAUUCGAUUGAAAACAUCGUACUAGUUACUCGGAGAUUUUUUGCCGGGUGUGAUUUUUAUAGGCAUUCGAAGGAAUCACAUUCAAAAACCGGCACCCUGGAAUGACAGAAAUAUAUGCGGAUUAUGCCGUAUGAUGCUACAUAGUAUUACUCCAUCUAAGUAAUACCUUUUAAGUAAAAUCGUAUUUCAAAAUUCCUAUGUACGUUUCGUGAGAUACGUCACCUAUCGUGUUUGUCCUAAUUAACUUACUUUCAGCCAGCUUUAAAGCAGCUAAUUCUAUUUUAAUGUCCUAAGACUAAAGAGCAUUGGCGGUGAAAGGUCUGCAACAAGUGAUUCCGAGUCAUGGAAGAAAGUGUUUCAGGGCCCUUGCAUAAAGGUCUGCAGUCUUGCCAUACCAAUUCACCAUUUUUCAGUUUGUAACGUAAAAUCACAUCAACUUACAUGAUUUAAUGCACUUCUUCUAUUUAUCCUAAAAUUAAGAUAUUUUUAGAGGAAAAUAAAAGACAACUGCGUCUUGUUUUCGUGGCCCGUACUUUUAAUUAUCCCUGUGAGUAGAGAGUUCUCAUUUUUAGUCCCAUAAAACUUUUCGUGAGAGUUGAAGUUAUUUUUAGUUAAUUGUAGCGACAAAACUGGACUUUGACAGUUAGAAAUUGCUUGCCUCACACAGACAAAAUUAAGGCCAGUGGGAGCCGUCUUUGACGAUUCUGUUCUACUGACACCCACAGUUAAAGUAAAAUCUGUACUUUUGUGAAGAAAAAAAAGAAGAAAAAGAAGAAUAUGCAAGAAGGAGGGUCAAAAUCCGCGGUUGUCAGUUCAUGUGACCCGGGGACAGUAACUACUUGCUAUUAGUACUACUGCAGGUCUGACCAUGGCAGAAAAAGUGCACGCCUCAGGUUACCCGUAAGAGCCUGAAUAUUUCACUCAACAGGCUGCCUGAAAGCACUGCGAUGUCUGUCUCGUCGGCUGAAGAGCAACCAGAAGCAGUCCGGCUGUCAGUGCAACCGGAAAACCCCUCGGACGAGAGGGUAGUCUCUGUUUGCAACUUUCAAUUUGGAGGCGAAACUGGUGGAAACAAGAGCGGCUCCGCUAGCUAUGAGUCGAACGCGUAUGUACAUUUUCUCGAUUAUGGUUAUGGGUAGGAUUCAGGUAUUUGAUAUGUUUAAAAUUGAUAACUACUUCCUAAGAAAACGCAAAAUGCUAUGAUUAUUAAAUGAUAGAUUUUAGGCCUCAAUCAAGCUUGCAUACGCAUCACAGUAGUAAUGGGAUAAGACAAGUGAAUAAAUAUCGCACAUUUUUAAACUUACGAGACAAGCAUGAACUUUGCGAAUCAAGUCUUUUCGGCGGUUGCAGGUUAGAUUUCGCAAAUGCAUUUCAUUGAAAACCGAUUUUCACCCCUUAUUUCCUGCAGUUUGACAUGCUAAAUUUAGCUUAAAAUUUUUUAUCUUUAAGACACACUCUCUCAGCCCAGAGGUACCGUUAUAAUAAUGUUAUACAGUUAUCUCUCCCGGUCUUCGCACGGUGCUGUUUCAAUGUCUCCAUUCAGAAAAUUCCUUUUAUUAAACGCAUGGAGUAGUUUUAUGCUCAAAAAAUUGAUCGGUGUCGACACUUUUCAAACCGCGACCCGCAUUCUCCCUUCUUUUGCUUUUCUGGAUAGAGUUGUAUUCGGUUACUCUGAAAUCUGCCGUAAGUUUCGCUGAAUAUUUAUACUGAGUCAUAAUCCAAGUCAGCAAAUAUUACAAUAAUUUUGCUGCGGUUGCCAUAUGUAUCGAGUUGCAUACAAAAACGGGUGUAAACCUAAAAUGGGUAAGGGUGUGUGCACAUACCAGAAAACGUAUCCGAACGAUCAAAAUGACGAACUCUUAAACCUAUUCAACUUUCUUUCCAUAAUUGCUUUGAGAACGUUUGGCUUUUUCCUUUAAAAUUAAGAUUUGUUUUGCAGACAGGGUUGUUUACUAACACUUUUAAAGAGAGGGACAUACACGUUCGACCGUCAAACGUAGGGCUUCAGAAUAGCGAGUAUUUGGACACAUAACACUUACGAAGUGUCAGAAUAUGAAAGUCAAUCCAAGGCUUUUAAAAAUUUCCCUAAACAAUUCUUGAUUACUCAUCAAGUGAGUUACUGGAAUAGUCAUAGUUGGUUUAUGCACCGUCGUAAUCCGGUGGUACCUGGGGCCCUACACUGUCUGUCCCCGUGCGCAAUCUGCAUUAGCUAUAGACCCUUAGCUCCACAGUAAUGCGAAUAUGUCCCUUUCGAUGGACGAUGUUCCCAUGAGACCGAAAUCACCAGCUACAAAAUAUAAAACUAUUCACGUUUCAGUGGGUUUAUACAGACAGUCCCGAUAAGUGAGUGUGCCUUUGUGCCUUUGAAACGCAUACGUGGGGAGGAGGUAUAAAAAUCAGAGUUCCAAGGGUGUGCUGCUCCGAUAAAUUAACUGCGUGAAUGAGCUCGCUUGUCCGCUUUUGCCUUCGAUCUCAAACAUGCGGCCGUCGCAGAUGAUCACCUGACGACUGUGGGGAUCCACCGUGUUAAAAAAUUACUGAAGUAGACGAAAUCGGCCUAGGUAUGGUUGGUAGAAGUGAAUAAGCCAAACUUGACCAUUUCAGUCCCUCCGAAUUUGUAAUUACAGUAGACGUGACAACUCUUGAAGUGCUAGCCUAAAUUCUGAAAUGUGUUCUUGACUAAAAAACGUUACUUAAAUAUGGUUGUAAUACUAACCGCCGCGCAGAAUAAUCUUGUGAUAUUUUAGUCGCGUCAGGAUGAGGACUUUCAAACAAAAUUCUUUUCGGCUGCCUGCAAAAACUACACUCCGCAAAAGACAACUACAUAAGUAAAAAUAUUUCUCCUCAUUGAUGGUCGAUGCCCUGAGAAAUUCAAAUAUAUUUGAUGAAGAAAAGCAUAAGAGCAUUUAUUAUUUUACUCAUUUUGGUAGAGAAGUACGUCUUCUUCAAAUUUUAUACUUAAAGAAAGGAAAUUAUACGAUUUUAAAAACUUUCACUAACCUUGAAUAAUUUUAAAGCCAACCUGCUGUUACACCUGAGUUUGGGGUUUCUAAACUGCUAGUUGGAUAUUUACCGCGUACAGAAAUCAUAUAUUUCUAUACGCUACUAAAAGAAUAACAUAUGGGGUUCAUAAACUUCAGCAACGGAUCUAAGCCAUAUUGUAAACUUCAAAAGCAAAAUUAUUAAAGAAGGAGACACGAUAUUUUAUGAGAGAUUACUCACGGUCCUAGAAAUCUCGUAGUUAGCAAUUUUUCAAACCACAUUAUCCCUUUCCUCUUAAUAGUGUGAAGAAAAAACAAAACAAGCAUUUUGCUACCUUCAGUCAGACCGGUGGGACUCUACUUACACACAAACUUGAAUCGUUACGAUCGUUCACUUAUGGCUGGAGCGCCGAGUAAAGCACAGGAGCUGAAUGCCUGAGGGUCCAUGAUAUUCAAUUUUCUCCAGUCUGGCGUUGGGGUAUGACUUGCUACUGAUUAAUGGUACAGUAGGUAGGGUAACUCGCGAAAUGUCAACCGAAAUUCCGAAAUGCGUUUUCGUUUAGAAAAGAUUAAAUAAGUAGGGUUGAAAAACUAAUCAGUUUGCAGUAUAAUUCUAUCUUAGCAUGCGGACUUUCGAAAGAACUUCCUUCCGCUGCAUGCAAAAGCCAUGCUCUGCAAAAAAUGACUACUUAAGUAGCAUGAAUUUUUGCCAUUGACUUACGAUACCACUAAAGGCCAAUUAUACUUCUUGGAAAAAAUGCAUAAAAAUCUUCAUUCUCCAGCUCAUUCGGUAGAAAAUUACAUCUCCUUCCAAUUUUAAAUUUGAUGGAAAGGUUUACUUCGGUUUUAAAAAGGUUUUCAAAUUCCCGAAUAAUUCAUAUUGAUCCAAUUGUGAAAAACUCGGCUCCUCGGUGGGAUUCGACCCCAAGCAGUAAGGGGAAGGGUUUAGUGCAGCCAACACUCUAACCACUUUAGCUACGUGGCCUCGUACUUAAGUUUUUCACAGUUGGGUCAAUACGAAUUAUUCAAAAUCUAUCAAAAUAUCUAUGAAUCCCGAAGAAUUUUGAAACCGCUCAGUCGUUAAACUUGCAUUCAGGGUUUCCGAACUACAAGCCAUGUAUUUUCCGCGUACGGAAAACCACACAUUCCUCCACGGUAUUAGGAGGAGACCAUAUGGGGUUCAUAAAAUUUAGCAUUGGAUUUGAUCCAUAUUUUUAAAUUUACAAGCCGUAUUGGGAAAUGUGGUGACAUGACGUUUUAUGAACGGCCAUUUCAUGGUAUUAAAAAAUCUCACAAUGAAAAACUUUUUAAAAACCAAAGUGUAAGCUUUCCUUGAGUAAAAAAUUGAAAAAAGACGUAAUUUUUUACCGAAUGAUUGAAAGGAUUAAUAUUUUGGUGCAUGUCUCCCAUGAGCUAUAAUUGGACAUUUAGGGAAAUCGAAACUCGGGGAGAAAUUGCAUGCUACAUAAGUAGUCAUUUGUUACAUAGUAUAAUUUUUGUGUGCAGUCUUACAGAACAUCAUUCGAAAGCCGGUACCCUGGAGUAACUGGAUCAUUAUAAAGUUAUGCUGUAUGAUGAUUUGUUUUACAACAGCACUUAAUUAAUCUUUUCGAAACGAGGACGCAUUUCGAAAUUUCGGUUGACAUUUCAUGAGUUAGCCCACCUACCGUAGAUCUUGUGCUUAUUACAGUCGGCCAAUUCAAGCUAAUCAAAAGCCGGAAAAGGUUCACCAGCGAUAAGAAAAUUGCCUGUUGGGACGUAAACGCAUCUUUUGUCUACAUCUUCUUCACACUAAGAUGCCUAGACGACGAAAAUAAGUAACCUAUCAGUAUGUUUACGGCAGGACACCUAUUUGGACGUUCGAUCGAUAACUAAACUGACGGCAGUCAGUUUUGUCCUAGCGUACAUCUGGCGGGGUGCAAAACAGAAGACAAAUGACAGAACUGGCCAUGCAUAAUUAGGCUAAACGGUUAUCUAGGGCAAUGUAUGCUUGCGUGUGUUCCCGGCUGCAUGUGAGUGCCCGACUAGCUGAAAUUGCUUCGCACUGCAAGCAGUGUUCGCGCAAAGCGUAUAUUUAUGUGCGUUCGAUCAGAUUUCAUAGUCUACCUGCCGCACCUCGGACUACUAAACAUAGGAAUAGCAGGCUACGAACCAGAAGUCUGGUAGUUAAUCCUCCUCAGUGUCGGUGAUGAUGAAAUCUUUAGCCAAGUUGAAACGUUAGGAAGAUGAAUAAAAGCUUAUAACUAUCCGUUUUUGACCAGAUUUCAUAGUCUACCCGUCGUAUCUCGAGUUUCACAAGUAGAUGCUUCCGCGAUUAUCCCUUCCCCCUAGUAAGAGACUUCUGACCUGCAAACGCGAUGUCGUUGUGCUGCCAUACCUAAACUGGCGAAAAAGCCGACGGUCUUUACUCCAGAAAUACACAUAGCAACUUAGGAAAUACUGGCCUUCCAUUUAUAAACUGUAAAUGCCCAGUUAUGUAACGAUACUGCCGAUAGCUCACAGAAAGUUCAGCGUCUCACUCUAAAUGCCUGUUGUUCCGCGCCGAAGGAGGAGUUCGCCAGGGGAUGCAAGCACACUACUGCUACUAAAAAUAGAGACAGCAGGUUGCAACUCAGAUGUCUGGUAGUUAAUCAUCCUUGAUGUCGGUGAUGAUGAAGUCUUUAGACAUGUCAAAACGUUAGAGGAUCGAAUAGAAGUUUAUAACUACGGGGUAAGAGACGUUGCUCUCUUUUAUCACUGGUUAAUUGAAUAUUUGAUCGAAUUGGCAAGAGUUUUGUAGACUUGGUGGCCGAUCACUUUUCCGUCUGAUACGUCUGAAAGUAUUUAUAACAAUCAAGCCUUUUUUAAAAAGUGCUUAUAAUUUUGGUGCGUUCUUGAUUUUUAUCCGCCUAAUCACCAGAGUGCUGCCAAUCUCACUGUCAUCAAGUGUGGCUUAGAUGACUUGUUCACAAGACGACUUUGCUUUGUGAAAGAUCAGCUUGCUGAAAAUAUUUGCCUAUUUUUCCUGUUUGCGAAAUUAGGACGGUUGCUAGGGUGAAUGCGUGAAGGGGAAUGAGCGAUAAAGUAUCAUUAUGAGCUCUGUAGGAGAGCGUUCCACCAGUUAGGUUUGGUAUACCAUUUUGCCAGUUUAAUAGCAACCUGCACGUAGUCUUUGUUCUGGUCUAAAGCGGCCACCGUAGCAUUCUGCCGCUAUCUAAAACGAUCAAACGUUGAAUUUGAACGGCCUAGUCCUUUUUCGCCCCUUGAUGAUAUCCGCUAACCACAGUCUAGGCAUUAGAAAAACUGGUUAUGCCACAAAAUGCGCAAAACCGCAGUUGACUUUAAUGUUAUAUCGUUUUCUACAAAAAUACUGUAGCCCGCUCUAGCUAUGAGAAUGCAGCAACGCAAGCGGCCCUUACUGGCUUUUUUUUACAGCGCAGACCCACUUUUUUCUGGUAUAGCUGAACUGUGGCAGGGCUAAAAAAACUGAAUUUGCUGAAAUGCAUCCGUUUUUCAUCAUUGGCCAGCUUCCGCUGAUGUCAUUACGUCAGAAAAACUUACUACACCCUCCGUAGUACUUGGUGGAUCCUCCAAUAGAAGAUGUUUCACCAAAUCAUACUCUCUACCCAACGGCGAUAUGCCCCGUGGUUUAAAAGAAAGUCGUUUUUGUUAACGCUGUGGUGAAUUUAAAACGCCUCUAAUAUACAAUUUUGUUAGGAGGAACAGAACUUAGUCGUAGGUUUUACUGUUCUGUUUUGGCAAUCACCUGUGCGUGCAUUUUUGUAAGCAUGAUUUUGUUAGUAAAACCCUCCAGUUAUCCUACUUUUGUCGCUUUAGGCGACUGAACAUGUCUCUGGAACUUCACAUCACGACAGAGAUCCCGAUAAAAAGGUAGACCACUCGUCACAGUCGACGAUGUCCGACUUCAUCGUGAUGAUGAUAUACGAAUAGCGGAUUAUGCCCGAGUAAACAGACGCGCUGCAUUAAUUCGCGGCGAUAGGGCAGGUUUCCGCAGUUACCAGUAGGUGGCUACCAGGAAACAUUAAGUUAAAUUCUGAGGAUUGAUUUCAGUUGACGAUGAUUACUUAAGUUAAGCUGUAAUGCUGACUAUUAUACGUCACGUCAGGGUUCUGGCUCUUGGAUGCGCAGUUUAUAGCUAUCCCUAACCCCUAAGAGGUAUGGCUACAAAUAGGAUUUGUCGAAUUUUCUCCUUCGCUUUUUGAUAUUCGCACAAAUAUCAGCAUAUGUUACAAAAACCCUACCUAGAGCUGUAAUUUUGGGCCAAUUGUGUAGUAAAAAUUUAAUAUUUGAGGAAACGAUAUCUUCCAGUCACUAAACCGUUCUCAGUUCCCAAAUAGUUUGGAAGCCGACUUACCGUUGCAUUUUGUUUAGGAUUUACAAUCAUCGAUCUACACACUUCCUACUUAUGGGAAAUAAUAUACAGUCUUAUGCCAUCAAUAAGAUUUUACAUAUGGUUCAUAAAACCUUGCAAUAGAUACGGGCCACUUUUAUACCUGAGAAAGUGUGUGAAUAGAUGGGCAAACACGGUGCUACUUGAAUGGACAUUUCAGUCUUAAAGAGUCUUAUAACUGAAAUCCUUUAAAAACCAAAGGGUCUUCUUUCUUCGAGUGAAAAUUUAAAACAGAUGCAGUUUGCCACAAACGUAGUACAAACAGGAACAUUUAAUGCAUGCUUUCUGUAAAAUACAUUUAGAUUUAUAAGCAGCAUUACCAAACGUACGGAUAAGUGCUAUCUGUCCAGAAAUAUAAUAGCCUUAACAUACCUCAUGAUUGUAAACUCUUUAAAUCAAAAGAUUUCGCUCCUUCACCUAAAAAUCAAAGAAGACGUGGUCUUCCGCAUAAAGCUCUACAAUGGCGAACGCCUGUGUACAUUUUCAAAGAUAUGUUAGGAUUUUUUGAGGUGUCAAAAAUUAGUGGGAAGACAAAGUAGUAAAUAAAUGGUCAUUUUGGUUAGUAAACUUUUGCAGACGACAGAUACGCACAAAAACCAACAUCUUGAUGUGACUUAAAUAUCUUGGAAGUACGUUGUAGGACACUCAAUAAUAUGGCCCCACCCAAGUAAUCCUUUUUAAACGAGAGCACAUUUCAGAUUUUUGGUUAACUUUUUAUGAGAUAUGUCUGCCAACUGAAUAUGUGAUCACAGUUGAGACAAGUUGGCACCGUGUACGCACCAUUUGUGGCCGUGUUCUGGUGACCGCAGAAAAGUCCGUUCAGGUCGUACCAAGACUAAAAAGUACGAUCACAUUGAGGACAGUUGGACGCGUUGCCGUUGGCAGUGUCGUUGGCCCGAAACGGACAGCACACAUGAACGAACAUCAUAGCGGUUGUUGAGCACGAACGGCGUUAGCCGGCCACAAAUUAAGCUGAAUUUUAGCAAACGUUUUUUAGCCGUUUUGGCUAUUUUUAUCCAGAUGUGCGGUUUUUAUUAUUUGACUGCAAGACUUUUACAGAAGAGUGCUGGCGAUUCGUUGUGUCUGGGAAUACAGUCCGCAGGUUAUAGGAGCGGGUUGAUCUUAAUUGACUAUAGGAUGUUUCCCAGGCCAUGCUUUGAACCAGCUAUUGGGGGUGAGCGAUGGUGAGCACUUGUGCCCUUGUUCAUCAAAAGAUCCAUUGUGCCAACUUACAGCUGCGAACUACAGUAGGUGGGCUCAUUCAUAAAAUGUCAACCGAAAUUCCGGAAUGCGUUUUCGUUUCGAAAAGAUUAAUUAAUCAGGGUUGUAAAGUUAGUUAGCCUGCAACAUAAUUCUAUAAUAUGUCAAUUCCCUCAGGAUGUCGGCUUUCGAAUGAACUUCCUCCAGACUGCAUGCAAAAACUACACUCUAUAAAAAUAACAACUUAGAGAGCAUGCAUUUUUCUCACUGAUUUUCGAUGCCCCUAAAAGUCCAAUUAUAUUUCUUGAAAAAAAUGCAUAAAAAUAUUCACUCUUUUGCUCAUUCAGUAAAUAAUUACUUCUUCUAAUUUUAUACUUGAAGGAGAGAUAUAAUUCGGCUUUAAAACAUUUCCAAUUGUUGGAAUUUUAAAUGCCGUGAAAGAGCCGUUCAUAAAUCGUCCUGUGUCGGCAUUUACCAGUGUGUCUUGUAAAGUUAACAAUACGGAUCAAAUCUACUGCUCAAUUUCAUGAAACCUAUAUAGUCUCCCUUUAUUACCGUGGAGAAAUGUGUGGUUUUCCUUACGCGAAAAAUAUACGGCUUGUAGUUUGUAAACCCUGAAUCCAAAUGUAACGACAUAGCGGGUUAAAAAUUAUUCGGGAAUAGGAAAACGUUUCGAAAACCCAAUUAUAUCCCCCCUUCGAGUAUAAAAUUAGAAGAAGUAAAUAUUUACCGAAUGAGCGAAAGAAUAAAUAUUUUUAUGCAUGUUUUUCAAGAAAUAUAAUUAAACUUUUAUAGGCAUCAAAAAUCAGUGAGAAAAAUGCACGCUCCUUAAGUUGUCAUUUUUAUAGAGCGCAGUUUUUGCAUGCAGCCGGGAGGAAGUUCAUUCGAAAGCCGACAUCCUGAGGUAACUGACAUAUUAUAGAAUUAUGUUGCAGGCUAACUAACUUUACAACCCUGAUUAAUUAAUCUUUUCGAAACGAAAACGCAUUCCGGAAUUUCGGUUGACAUUUCAUGAGUUAGCCCACCUAAUGUACUUCUUGAGGGCAGUAGUACGGACUUCAUCGUGCAAACUAGAGGAACUUCAAAAUUCAAGAUUUGAGUUUUUAUUGGUGCGAACCUACUUACUUUCAAUUGAGUUCUUCUCACUAAUGCCAACUUUCCCGGUUUUGUUUUGCUACCAGUCGUGUAAGACCUCCCUAUCCACAUUGCAGUUUACAUUAUACGUUUUGCCGGAGAGACCAGUGAAGAUCGGUAGUUAAAGGCUAAAAUAUCGUCAUAAGUAGGGUGUCAAAUGGUGUGUUUUUACACAUGGCCGUGAAUGAUUGGUGUUUCGCGCUGCCUGCACCAACCUGUGAACAGGUUCUUCUAGGGUUUUCCAUGCCAUUAGUCUUUAGGUUACCGGUGAGCAGGAAUACAAAAGUUUCCUAUUUCAGAGGAUACCUUAUAUGUCGCCAAAUGUCUGCUUUAAAAGACCUUAUAAUAAAGCGCAUAUCUUAGCCAAAGAGGUCAGUCUGCAUCCACAUUACAAUAGAAAUGCAAACCAUAAGCUUUACAGGUGCCAAAGGCCUCAAUCGUCGUUUUUGGUGGUUUGCUAGGAACAGGGCUUUGCAGGACGCUACUACUGGUACCUCUCCAUAGGCCGGCGUUGGACGCCGUUCAACGUUUGCCAUCGUUUGUGCCUUAUGCGCUCUUGACCACGCCUCGGGGAACCCGGAAAACACCCUUCAAAAGGAAACAUCAUCAAGGCAUGUUCAUAAGGCUACUGCACCACGUCACGGAGGGUAAAUUUUUUUAUCCAGCAGUAGUAAAGACCGCUCGAGGCCGCACAAGUGGGGUGGGGAAGCACCACCUGUUGCAUUGCAGUGCGCCAAAAAGUAAGCCAGAAUGGAGGCCUUUUUCAGCUCUGUGGGCGAAGUCCGAAGGCAAGAAUUGUGUGUGUGUGUGCAGUAUUCGACACAGGCUCAGGUCGAUGCACAUGACAGCGCUCGGCCACAGAGCCCGCCCGAGGGAUAGCUGGCUCCAAAAUGUCACAGCCCGAGACAAAGCCGUGGGGAGGCAUGCGGGCUUCUGAGGCCGUAAAGAAGUACACCUGGAGUUAGCUUUACGGGAAUUCCAUUCAGUUGAUUUAUCUUUUAGGUCGCUGUCAGACCUACUGGGCGGCCUAGGAUACUUUCGCCAUUACUCGCUAAUGAGGCCUGGGCCACCGUCUUGGGCAAACAACAGAACCCUAAUCAGAAGAACCACCACACCAGGGUUGCAUUACCGGUUUGAAUUGUUUAGAGCCAAGUCCCGGAUGUUUGCGUUGGUUUUCACAGAAAUGAAAAUAACAGGCUGAUUUUGUCAAAUCUGUCAACCGCCUUCUAUUCCACACUGUAAAACAAAAUGGGUGGUUUGUAAAGUAGAGCGACGUAAAAAACAGCAACCUUACUGCAGCGAAUUAAGGCGCCUCUAUUCCAACAACAAAAAUUUUGAAAAAGCGCCAUCGGGUGUUUGGUAAUCUUUGUCCUGUUGAACACAAAACGCCUUCUUCCAAACAACUUUACAGUUAUUUUUAACGAGCUGACAUGUACUCAAUAGGGUUUUCAAAGGCUUUACCUAUUAUCCUUACGAACUAAACUAAAUAAACGGAAACUGCGAUUUCGUAAUUAUUAAAAAAUAUUUAUCCACGCGCAUUGAGCGAGUUUUUAGUUGUUUUUGGCUAGCAGAGUAAUGAAAGUAUUCAGGCUGACGUGGUGUUCCAUUUUGAGAAAUUGCGAACUGAGAAAGCGAAAAUAAACGGAGCCUGGAAAGGCAUAAGCAAGGACUUUAAGUGAUUUAAAGAGUAGAUCACAAGUCAAACAGAAAUAGGAGUAACUCGGUCUGCUUGACCUUCUGGAGCUACCAAAUCCUGAAUCUAUGGGAGUACACAACGACAUGUCAUUUGUCUGCCAGUCUGCCGAAACGAACAGGCAAAUAACAAGAGCGCAAAAGAUGACAGGCUGUUGACAGCGGCGUAUAAGGGCCUUUGUCAGCCUGUCAGACCCUCUCUUAGGCCCAUGCGCUUGCUUUGUUUACGUAUUUUUUCUUCCGCUUGCAGAUAUUACCUUAGACAUUUUCUGGUUAGGGAAAACAGGGAAAAGCCCGAAAAUGAGGUCGAAUCGGCUGACCCGAUCUUGCGUGAUUUACAGCGAAUAAUAGACUGGAAACGCUUAGCCGAACCUGUCUACGAGGUUGCUAUAACUCCGUGCUCCGGGGGCGAUUUAACUGUAUCGACGGGCUUUACUCUAUGAGAAGGAUAAUUCCUUUGGCAAACUUAAAUGACAUCUCCGGCCUAUUACCUUUGGGCCAAAAGUGACAAAAAACUAGUCCGGUAUAGCACGUUGCGCAAAAUAUCGCAAAGCGUUCUCCACUGCCCAAAAUUAAAGAUGUUUCUAGUAAAUUUUCUUCCCAGAGUCAUUCAAUUUGGGCCCUGACAGCUGUUCAGUGACAAGCUCCAGAUCACACGCAUUGAAACAGACCUGCUGAAGAAGACUUAUUCCCGAAGACUGCUAUGAGGAGCCAUGUUUUUUCUUAAGAUAUUGAUUGUAAGCGGCCUAUGCAAAGUCGGCCCUCACGCAAGGCAAGUGACUACUCUUCAAUGGACGCCGAAGUUGACAAUCCACUACUCAAAGCAGAAAGGCAUAAACUGUUGCGCACAUAAAUAUACUAGCUCCGGAAUUUUUAUAAAAGCCAGUGAUACAAUCUUUAUUCGAUGGCCAGUAUCAAUAGGCAAAUUGAGAUCAAAACGAAAUAUUAUUUAACUGUUUGUUCCUUUGUAUGCCCGCCACCUCAUGGAAACCCUGCAACGUCCAAAAAUCGAUUUCACAAGGAGAUAUAUGGUGGACCUUAGAAGAAUGCUAACGUAUAUUAAGCUCCAGAUCUAAAUGUGCUUUCACUUAGAAAGGAUUUGUUUACAAAUUUUGCAAUGUCUAAAACAGUUGGUCAGAAACGCGGAUCAAAAGCGAUAUAUGCACAGUAAACAUCGCUCUAAUAAUGCAGCAUGAUUUUAUGUCGGAGAAACUGUCUUAUGCGGAAAAAGGCUUUUCUGAAUGGUGACUAAAGACCGGCGCAGUUGACUUUUUGGGAAGUCCAUUAUGCAGCAUGUAUCUUGAAAGGCCUGUACUGAGUUGUCUAUUGUUUUUAGAAAGAACUAACUGGGACUAAAUUAUAAAUAACAACUUUGAAAAGUCCUCUACGCUUCAUAAACUUAGGUUUUCACUAAUCAUGAAUAGUUCUGCACAAUUAUUUAAAAAGGAGGAUCCCAAGAUAGUUCAAAACGUCGCCUCCAAUAUUUCAGACUUGCUGGAGCUUUUUAAUAGGGAACAUUAGGAAAAACAGGCAACCACGAUCCGUUAAUCUGUAUAAUGAAUAAGGGGCCUGAAACGUGGAAAAUUUAUUAAAUCGGAAAUGUUGGCACUCCUACCUCAUAUUCUAAAACAACGCUCGAACUUCCGAAAUAAGCACAAAAUACGCAGUUUUACUUGUGUUUUUUAAAACGUGCAUAUCUCACAUCAAACUCAACGUUGUGUUAGGCGUGCACAAUAGAUAUCUGGGGUUUUCAAGCAGUUAUCAAUAUACUUUUUAAAACGCAAAGCUGUUUCCUGCAGAUUUAUAUAGAAUAAGCGGACCUGAGCAAGUUUUUUAAUGUGUAAUCCUAUAUUUUUACCCUGGGCAUAUUCUGAAAAUUUGAACUAGCGGAAGUAUGACUUUUUGAAAUCUCGGGAAAGUAUUUUGUUUCUUUGUUUGUCGACAUUUUCCUACUUACGCAUUCUAACAUCUCAGGAACUAAUAGGGAAGUAACGUGGUUAACUCCAGAGCUGUGGAAAUAAUUUGGCUUUUCCAUACAUUCUUCUUGACUUAAAUACGUUCCGUGCAAGGACCCUAUUCUUCUUAAAAGCAUAGUUAACAGCAAAUGCUACCUACGGGUCUUCGUCUUCAGCAAAUUAUCUUAGUGUCCUGCAAUUUACAGAAAGUAAAAACAACCUAUGGUAAAUAAUUGCUUAUAUAAAAGUUUGCAACAUAUCGCAGUAACAAGGUUCAGGAAUAAAAACCGCAUGAUGCUGUGAAUAACAGCCAUCAGACAGUCUGUAGUAUACAUGCUUUGUAUAUAUGUAUGUCAGGUUGCAAAGACUAAUAUUUGCCGAAGUAAGGUGAGUGUUUUAAGCAUGUGUGACCCGUAUGAUCAGUUGGGCACAGCAUUCCAAGGUUGGGGAUGCGGAGAAACGAAGGUAUGCGGGAAAGAUGGACUUCUGUAGGCAAUAAGUCAAGCAAUAGGCCGGUGAUAUUAAACCGUAAUCGUGAUUUUGACAACGCCCCUACACUGUCCAGCGCCCUUAUCCGCUUCACGGCCCCACAAUGAACGAAAAUGAGUGCUGAAGACACGAAAAAAACAACAGAUAGCGGUCGAUUGUUACUGACAGUGGCUGACCCCCGAACGUGCGUAUCUUGUUUGAACGUAAACACCUUAAAUUCCCACCGCGCGCCCCACAGCAUGGUGGCGCAGGCACAUUGACUUGCGCACGAUUACGUUUAUUGUGGGUUUGCGCUGCAUCUGGCGAAUUCCCUCCUCCUCUCCCACCUAGAUCCGGAGUGAUGACAGAGCCAAGAAGGCCGAAGGCGGGAGAGGGCGCAGGUGGUUAGCACUGAGAAACCCCGCACCUAGGCGUACCGUCAUACCGUCUGGUCCACAACAUGCACCGACUAGGAUUUUAUGCCACAACACAAGUAAGGCGGGCUAGUGGCACGGAUACCAGUUGACGCAGAGUGGACCGACAACUCUGCGCGCCAUCACACCCCAACGCUGGCAUUUCAUAAGGGACUGCAUUUACGAUAAUGCCUGUCGGUCCGGCACACUGACACAACACGCCACAAAUACAAAGUAAAAGCCUUAAUUAUACUCUGGCCCAACACCAAAGAUUUUGAGAUGUAAUUUUGAGCGACAGUUGUUUUGCUAGCCGUCAAUAGAGAACAGAAUCCCUCUGCGCUGACCUCUUCCCGCAAAACACGUACUAGAAAUUGUGCAACAUGUUUGAACAUUUAAGGUCUAUCUUGAGGUCAACAUUUCGCCCUGCAUUUGUGUAGUAAAGGUAGUACUUUUUGGUCAGUAUUUAAGUUAGUGUUUGUAAAUAGUGUCGGAAGAUAGUGUCUUAUUUGUCCGUCGGAUGCUGAGAAAAGUUGAGUUAUACCCUACUGGGUGCUGAGUAUAGUCAGAGCCCUUGACAAGCGUGGGGAAGAGGCCUAAGAAGCUUAAAGAAACUGGACUGAAACUGGGUUGGCAGUGUUAUCCGGCUUACAUGAGUCACUUGUGAAGGUGGCAGCUCCCCGUUUCUAAGUGCUCGCAUGCUAAAACAGGGCGACGGACGUCUCAAAAUAGCGUCCGUGGGUAGAACUCUAGUGCCGAGAUUGUCCUCAGCCCGGAAAAGGAGCCGAGUAACAGCCCUCUGACACCGCUUCCUUCAAAACUUCUAUAAGAAUAGUUUGUUGGAGAGAUGAUUUGUGGCCGUAGACCAUUUAUUUCGAUCUAACAAAUGCAGGCGAGCGACGAAAUGAAAUUCAGAGAUGCAAUAUAGAAAGGACUAUGCGGAACAAAUAAAUCACAGCGUGAUUAUUCACAGCGCCAUCACCCAACGCAUCCAAAAAGCGGGGAACAAAGUUAUAUACAGCCGUCCACGUGCAAUUCGUUUUUACGCGCAGUUAUUUCAUACUGGUCGACGUGUUGUAACUCGCAUGAAUUAGCACAAGCUGCUCAGUCGUCUGUUUUGUUCACACGCACAUGUACACGCGUCUACCCUUCCCACUGGGAAGCCACUGAGGCUGUCACCAUGGCCACUAACGGACACUCGUGAGAACUUCGCAAGGUUUGGCUUUCCGAAGCAGGCGGCAUGAAUCGCAACGUUGAGCAUGAAGACUUGUGAGCAGACCUGGUCGGUCCUCCACGGUCACCGUAAAAGUGCAACAAGAAUUGGCCUCUAUCCGGACGUCUGUUUACUCCUUAGCCCAUCGUUAGUUGCACACCUGUCAACCUCUACUCGUUUUCACCUUCUUCUUGCCGACUGCUGAUAUACACAACUAAACGAUAACGAAAGUUGGUCCGUGGCCAGCCUACUGUCUGCCCACUGAAUCGUCAUUGUCCCUGCGUCUCCUGGUCUGCACCUUUAGCCCUCGCUCGCUUUCUCCAUACGCACUCCCAUUAGCAUUCACGACGCGUGUAAACGUGCGACCUUUAAUGUUUAUUUCGGCUGAUAAUGGGAGCCUACUUUGCCAACUUGAGAUGCAUGCAUUCCUCACGUGAAAGUAGGCGUUAGCCUCAAGGGUCAUUGAUACUAUAUGACCCGCCAUUACGCCCUGUCGAUGAAGACAAGUCAGGAGCAUAUUUACACUCGCACCCCAAAAUCUGGACUGUCAUACUUACUCUGCCAAGGACGUUGCUUCUUACAGAGGAUCCGGAGUGUACGAUGAGGUCAGAAGAACAGUCGCGAAAAUACCAGACACCUGGAAGCACGCAGAUGAGAGAUCAUUGCGAAGCAAGUUUCAAGGUGUUCCGCACUUCGGGGUUUGUUAUGGCUGGCCGACGACGGCUAAUAGGGCAGAAAUGGCCAUUCCAGUCUCUGCUGUCUUUGUCGGUAAUGCCAUUCUGCGUAUAUCAUGCGCUGAUGUGCGGCUGUUGGUUGGGCUUGAGAGAAAAAGAGCUCCAAGACACAACGGGGCGAGUGAGUUCUGAAAAAACAUCACCGAUGAUCGUCCCUCUACUAUUAUAUAUAGGCAGAAUGGUAUUAGCGACAAAGACAAGGGAGGCUGGAAUGGCCAUUUCUGGCUUAUUAGCCGUCAUCAGCCAGCCAUACCCAAGCCCGAAGUGUAGAACACCCGAGCCUCGAACUCGCGACCUGUUGGUUUAGAAGUCCACGCCUCUACUCGGGUGUUCCACACUUCGGGCUUGGGUAUGGCUGGCUGACGACGGCUAAUAAGCCAGAAAUGGCCAUUCCAGUCUCCCUUGUCUUUGUCUGUAAUACCAUUCUGCCUAUAUAUCAUGCGCUGCUGUGCGGCUGCUGGUUGGGCUCGAGAGAGAGUCCAUAAGGCACAACGGAGCGAGUGAGUUCCGUAUGAACGAUCGGUGAGCGCCCCCUACCACUAUUAUAUAUAUAUAUGUAUGUAUCCUAGCAUUCUCUACGCAGCAGCUUACGACCAGUCUAGACUGGAGCCCCAUUGGCAAACUUCAAAGACUAUAAACUUUAAUGCAAUUGGAUCAAUAAUCGCCUCGUCUUCGCUAUGCUGAUGCAACCCGCAAAGUCCCGUUGCCGCCUAAGGACAUGUUUGAAUCUGUUUGCUAUACUGACUGUCAUGACUGUUCGACCAACUACCGCGCAAUUACCAAAAAAUUUUUCUCUCAACGCCGUUCCCGAGUGCGCUCUCACCGUUAGGCGCGGAGGCCCAUAGCCGCUAUGCAGGUUAAUAAACACGUGGGAAACAGGCCGGUACGAGAAUUAAUCGAAUCUCAGCACUCUAGCGACCACUUUAGUAGCCUCAGAUUCGGCCGGGCGCCAGCCUUUGAAUGACAUUUGGAGGGCCAGACACUAGGUGGCACGCCUUUACUGCCUGCCAAAUUACCCAAGCCAGGAGCGUUUCCACGCUCAUAGAUGGGAGAUCUUUGCGAAGCAAGAGGCAUUCUCCUACGCUUAAUUGAAAGUCCUUCACCGAUGCUUUGACGAGAACGUCUCUCUUAAAUAAUUCGGAAAUAAACACCCUUUGAACACUGACCCAUGUCGAGAAGAGAAUAAUCUGGGCGUUGAUAUAAGAAUAAUACCAUAACAUUCACAUUUUGCCAGCGCACGAGCUAGAUUAGGUGUGCAAGCAGGCCAUGCAGUAACAGGCAUCGUUUUUUCUCAUCUAACGCAAAACCUGUCUGCCGUACUGCCGGCAGUACGCCUUAUUUGUUGAAUGGGUGGUACAUGGUUAUUUGGAAGUGUUGGUUGUACCAACUUAAGUGUUCUUUAAUAACAAAUUCUCGUCUCUGACAAUAAAUUCCAUGUCUUUCACCUAGUAAUUUCCAAAUUUUUUUAGCUUUGUGUGCAUGUAGCUAUAUCGAAGGAAAUAAGUCCUCUGGGAAAGACAACGGAGUUUAUUUCUCAAAUUUUAGACUCUAAUUCUACAGGCCGUCUUCAGAUAUGAAGCAAGUGUACGAAAUAAUUAGGAUAUAAACUUACUAAAAUCGAUAUUGCACUGUCAGUUCUUCAAGUCGGCAUAACGUCCUAAUUGGCUAUCGACUGUUCCAUUUUUAUUUGAGGUUGCUGUAGACGGUUUCUGAUUCAGUGUGCCCAUUUUCCAGUUUAUAUACAUAUAAAUUAGAAUUGCGUUUGCCAGUCAGGUUACGUAACAUGUUCGUCUUGUUAUGCUAUGUGGUCUAGUCUAGAACCCUCGCAGCCAAUCACAUAGCGACCAUUAGUUUAUGCUUAAUUGGAACACUUCGAGGGAGUUGAUGCUGGUUUGGUUAUUUCCCUACUAACAACUUUCCUAGUUUAAGUUGUUCUUGCUUUUCACUAAUGACAAACGCGCCGGCAGAAUACAUGUCACCUACACUUUUAUGGGACCCCGACGGGUCUUUAAUGAAAAUUAUUCUUUAUUUAUUUAUUUACAAGUGAAUGUCCAUUAGGCGGGGUUCUCGCCGUGUUGCUCGCGCCACCUAGGCUGUUAGACUCCCCAUUCAGAAGCAUUCAUUUUCUUCUGCUGGUGCCUGCGAAACCCCUACAGUCGUAGGAAUGGAUUGGAGAUGCGAAGGAACCUUAAUUAACAGCCUUAUUUACUCCGCACCCUGCUGUUUGAACGAUGCGUGCACAUCGCUAGGGACAGAAGCGGUUUCGGGGCAAAAGGUGGUCAGCUUACUUGGCUGUUUGUCUCGUUGCGAAAAAAUUAAACUGAAUAUUGUCCGUAUCUCGCAAAUAACUAAAACUGGGCUUUUAGGGCUAACUUGGCGGUUCGACCGUCGCGCUCGACGAUGAGCAAGGUGGAGCGGACACGGUGACUUGCGCGUGAUUUGGUUUAUUGUGAGAGUAGACUUACGAAGCGUCUACCGAAUUCUCUCCUCCCCCACCUGAGCCCGAUUUUAAGACAUACACAAACAGACCAUCGGCGGGCGGGGGGGGGGGUUCAGAUGGCUGGCGCGACUGAGCCCGCGCCUAGGCGCACCGCUACACUCCCUGACCCACAACGUAUACUUGACCAGGAUAUUGACCGACAACAAAAUUGAGUCACAAAGUGGAGGGGAUGACACAAGUCAGUGGGUAAUAAUGCACACAGUCUGUAUACCCAGCGAGAGCGUUAGGGCGCCUACCGGUAGGGAAUUAAUUGCUAGAGAAGAGCCAGUGAGCACCAGGCUGCAAGGGUAAUGGUUUGCUGAUCAUAGUGCAGUAGACGCUCGCAAUCCUUUAACCCUAGAAGUGCUGGAGACAGACCUGCAUUUAACAUGGGUCGUUGCCCUUCAGAGGCCGGGUAGCCUCCUGAGAGACACUACCAAUAUAGGAUUAGCUAAAAAGCGUAGGCACGGCAUUAUCGCUACAACAAGCGGCACACACAGUGCGUGACCGAUCUCAUGAAAUGUUGGUCAAAAUUCUGGGAUGCGUUUCCGAUUAGGAAGGAUUACUUAAGUGAAGUUGUUAUACUGACUACCAUGCAGCAUAACCCUAUAACAUUUUGGACUUGCCACGAUGUCGGCUUCUGAGUGCACUUCUUUUUGACAUUCUGCAGAAACCACACUCGUUAAAAAAUGGCUGCUUAAGUAGCAUGCAUUUUUCUUAUUGAUCUUCGAUGGUAUUAUGAAUUCAAAUAUAUUUUAUAGAGAAAAUGCCCAACAAUGUGCUUUCUUUUGCUCAUUCGCUAGGAAAUCACAUUGUCUUCAUAUUUUAUGCCCGAAAGAGGUGUGUAUUGAAGUCUUGAAAAAGUUUCCCGAUUCCCGAAUAAUUUUCAGCCUGAACUGUCAUUGCAUCAGCGUUUAGCGAUUUCAGUCUACAAGGUGCGCGCUUUCCGUGUAAGGAAAAUCAUAUAUUUCUCUAUGCCUUUAAGAAGAUACCACAUAAAAAUCAUGAAAUUUUGCGAUGGAUCCGGACUGUGUUUUACAUUUCAUGAUGAGUAUUAGUAAACGGACAUGUGCGGUCUUGCAUGCAUGGACAUCACACGCUCUUAAAAACUUCAUAAUUAGAAACUUUUUAAAACCUAAAUACACACUUUCUUCGGGCAUAAAAUAUAAAGACAAUGUGACUUACUUCCAAAUGAGUAAAAUAAAGCAUAUUUCGUGCAUAUUUUCUAUAAAAUGUAUUUAAAUUUAUAAGACCAUAGAAAAUCAGUAGAAAAAAUGCAUGCUACUUACUUGUUCAUUGUUUACCGUGUGUGGUUUCUAUAGGAGGUCAAAAAUGAGUGCAUUCAAAAGUCCACAUCCUGACGAGUCCAAAAGGUUAUAGGGAUUUGCUGCAUGAGAAUCAGUAUAACAGCCACACUUAAGUAAUCCUUCCUAAUCGAAAAUGCAUUCCAGAGUUUUAGCCAACAUUUCACGAGAUCGGUCACGUACUGUAACUUGGAAGGGCGGAUGUGUAGGGCUUGGCUUGCUUUGCACUCAAACUAGAGAGCGAGAUACUGGUAACUUUCAAACAGACGAUAAUCACUGUUUCCAACGUCCUUGCAGUCAUUCGUCCGUCAUGCCCGAACAGGGGCGAAGAGUUGCAGGACUCUUUGGUCAUUAAGCGUCAAACGCUCAGCCAUUGAGAUACUAGCGCGCCGAUCUGCAGGUUGUCUAAUAAUCAAAAGAGCCGGUUUCAAACCGCCAGAUCGUCGGCAUACUCGGGAUCGAAUACUGACCGGUGGAUAAUGGCACAUAAUUCCAAAAUGGCCAUUCCAGUCUCCCACAUGCUCGCCAGUCAAUCUCCCCGAUUGCUGACUUUUCGUCACCAUUCUACUCAUUAUCAGGGCUCUGGACUGGGGUUAAACGACCUUACAUUUGGGACAGACGAUUGAGAGCCAGGCGCAUGCACCUUCAGUGAACCAUGCAUGGAACAGCUGGCUGCUGUCCCAGGAUGACAACCACCCACGUUUCUCAGGGUCUAGGGGAUGGCAGCGGAGCUAGGCGGUACGAGGUACCGGUCAUCAAUCAGGUUAAGGAACAUGCUCGUCCCUUUGGGCCUUGUGACUUAAUCCACAGUUCGUCCGUCAUCGCCGAAGAUGCCAAUCGUGUACUCCGCAACGAGGUGAAACAGGACCGGUGAAUUUCGCAGACUUGCGCAGAAUCUACCGCACUCCCUUCUCCACUUGUACCCCGUGUCAAGAUAGAGUCAAAAAGGCCGGAGGCGGGAAAGGCCGCAGGUGGAUGGCACGGUCGAGACCGCAUCUUGGCGUUCCACUCCCCACACACGCCAUGGUUGACGUCUGUCGAAAAUAGGGUCCGCAACCGCACCCCGAAAUGUUGACAUUUGUCGUGGUGCGCGUUCCACUAACGUCCGUCAGGAUCUGUCCUGGUCCAGCGCAUCUACCAGGCAUCUACGGGCGGCCGGAUAGCGGACAACAUUGAUGCCUGUCCCGUUACCCCCCCCCCCCUCCCCAGCUAAGGGCUCCGUGGCUCAGUGGUAGAGCGUUGAUCUAAAAACGCUCAUCGGCCUAGGAAUUCGGGCUUGAAUCCCAAGUCGUGCUAAACUGCGGUUGGGUAUGACUGAGUAAAGAGUAUACCAAUAAGGCCGAAACGGCCAUUCCAAUUUCUUUUUUGCCAGCGGGCCUGUUAAACAUUCGUUGCGGGAAGUGCUCAGGAAGAAAUGAGGUUUUAAAUCCGACUCGUAUUCAGUACUAAGCAUGAUGUCCUACCAGAUGUUGCAAGUUCGGCACGCCUGACCUGAGUUAUGGCUGACCGAUGGUUAAAAUUAAGCCGAUAAUAGUCAUUUUAGACUCUGUAGUCUUUACAUUUCAUAGGUAUCAGAAAGAUAAUGCUUGAGAAUCUACAGACGUAACGCCUGAACAGCUAGAGUGAGACCUAAGAGAGAGAUCCGCGCACAGCAUUAGACGCCCGUUUAUGUAAACUGCACACGCACCAUUCAAUGCCUGAAUUAUUCACACCGGAUGAAUAAAGACGAUGACCUCAGCCAUGCAAAAGUCAGGCGCACCAAUCACAGCCCUCGUUUGAACAAGCAGUCCUUUUGCAAGCAGCAGAACAUUUGUUUAGUUAACCAUAGCUAUUCGCCUGUUAUAGAGAGACGGAGAAUGUUAAUUAUGCGUUGGCUAGACACACGGCUUUCACGGCCAUUUGCAGCGAGAGAGCAAAUAAACGACAACGAACUGCAGAUGAAGUUUUUUUGCGAGAAUCUCGCUUUGCAAAUCAUUUGCGAACACCAAAUUUUCAACCCCUAGAAAAUUCCUUGGUCAGAAUUACUCAUUUUACCUUGUGCUGACUGUCACCAACGUUCGCACAAUUUAAUAUGACAGCCAGGGCUUUCUCCAACUAGGAAGCGGCUUGCAUUGGGCUUCCACCGAACUCUGGACAGCCAGAACUCUCUAAAGAGCACAGUGCGUCCGGAUUGGUUGGACGUGCUCGGAGGGUCGCGCACGCACGCACGCACGCGCUGAGUGCAACCAAUCAUCACUUGACUUCCAGGGACGUCGGCACACCGAACCGGAUUAGGCACGUCAACCUAACAAUAGCUGGCUACGGACGUGUCUGUGUGUGUGCGUUUAAGUGUUAAGCCUGUCUGUGUGUUUCACGUUCUGCCGUAGUCAGCGGGUUCAGUCCGUUUGACAGGCGUGUUUAAACUAGCACACGAGACGUACUUCCGCGGUCGGGAAGACCCUAGGGACCUGUUUAGACCGUUUAUCCGCUGGAUCUUACCGCAAACCCGUCAGGUAAGGUGUCAGGUGAUAAGCAUCUCAAUUCUAUUUUCUCUUGAAUCUAACAAUGCCUUCCUGUUAUGACAUUGGGUAGGGGUGAGACUAGGCUGUUUUAUUGCGACAUCUGUAAAAUCUAACACUGAGGAAAACUUCAGCACGCAUCCGUCACAGAGUCGUCUUUCUUGCAUAGUCGACGAGGGCGACCGCUUGUUGUGAGUAACUGCUUGGCCUAACCCCUAUUCUUUAACAUGUUUCCUUGAAUGCAAUAAAAGUGCAUUCGGACGUGACUCUAGAGUAUUUAAAAGCGUUGAUUUUCCUGCAAAGAGGCGAUACCAGCCCCCACUAUUUGAAAGGGCAAUUUUGGACUCCGAACUGUUAAAGCAGUUUGUUAAAUUCGACUGAAUCUCCCUGGUGUCCAAAUAUAAUAAUAAUUUUUUAUUCAAGACCCGUGGGGGUGGGCAUCAAAGCACAACAAAAAUUAUGUAAAUUAUCUGACAUUCGUACUUAUACUUGUCUGUUUUUGUAAGAUUUCUGAUUGAUCGAGUGAAGACUAAAUAAACCCGAAACGAUUCCGCAUAAAUCUACUCUCUCAUUCGCUGUCGUAUCCUCUCUGCUGGCAUAGCUUAACCGAGUUGGGCCUGGUCGCCUGUUCGUGACCUCUGCCACUAAUACGAAGCGUAUUUGCUUCGGGGGCCGGUGGAACGGUGUGUGUGUGCGCGUCCAUUCCCGACUUAUGCUUCAACUUAUACUUAUAUUUACUAUACUUAUAGAAUGGCUGAAGAUGAGAACUUCCAGUGUGGCAAAUGCUCUAAGAGCCUGAUUGGACAACGAUACAUCCUCAACGCGGAGGUGCCCUAUUGCAUCGAAUGCUACGACGCUAACUUCACAAAUGUGUGCGCUGCCUGCGGCGAAAGAAUCACCUCAUCCUCCAAGGUAAACGCAAUUUCCGGUUUUCAAAAUCACCCCCCCCCCCGUUAAAAUUCCCUAAAAUUCAUUUGAUCCAGUUGUGAAAAACCCUGCGGCCUCGAUGGGAUAAGAACGCACGACAGCACUAGGGGAACGUAAGUACAGCCGGCGCCUUAAUUACCUGAACUACGAGGCCUCACCAGGCACCGUGUGUUUACUCACAUUUUGGUCAAGCUGUAGUGUUCGAGCCACCCAAGGGUAUGGGUUUGCCCUCUUCCUCUAUGCGACAGUCUGUAUAUGCCUCCCUAGUGUUUCUGUCAGGUCAUGUAUCUUCUUGGCUGGAAUCCUGAAAACUAGCGCGAAAUGAGCUCAUCAUCCUCAAAUACAAGCGUAUGCAGGUAAAAUAGGUUGACGAUGGGAAGGUUUAUUAAAAAAAUAUAUCAAUACGUAGUAAUUAAUCCUGUUCUGGCUUUUUUCCGACUUCCUCCUUCUGGGCGGUCUCUCGACUAACCCUCUCACACCCUUCUAUUGCGGCAACUAAAAAACUUCCAGUUUGAAAACCAGGUGAGUCAAUGAAGGACAAGAAUGACAAGGUCACAUUUAAAUAACAAGUUCGGGUUGCCCUUCUACAAAGCUACUCACGCAACCUACUGCAACGUACUGAAUCUACCAAUUCUGAUACAGUUAGCUGACUGCCCAAGUGGGAUUUCGUAAUUAAUCGACCUGGAAUUCAGGAGAUGAUUAACGGGUCCAUUUAAUUAAUUGGUUUCCUUGCCAACUGGCGACUUUCAGACGUUUAAGUUGACUGCCUUUAAAAAGAGAGGUGUUUUGUGGGUUUUGAAACUUGCGAUAAUGAUAGCACGAGGAGAUUUCUGGUGAAUGGCCUACCAUGCUGAUGCAGACACUCCCAAUUCAGUAAUACUUAAAAACCAAAAAGGAUAGAUGGAGACAAAAUUUUUUAAUGUAACCGGAUGAGCUGCAACUCGGGAAAAAGGAUUUUUAGGUGGUUAAACACUUCAGAAUACUUUGGAAAUAUAUUUCUCUACAUAUAGUAAUUCUGGUCAAAGUUCGAUUCCAGCUGCGUUACCGAAUUCUGCAUUAGAUCAAUAUUAUUCGACUUCCUUCCGAUGUGGGGUGGCUAACAUAGUUUUGUCUCACAUCCAGCGAUCUGUCCGAACUCAGCCGUCGGAGACUCAUGACUAAAAACUAAAACAGGUCUCUGAAGGCCUUUGAGCACACGGAUUGUGAUCAGGAAAGGACCUGAACGUUUUUUACGUUCCAAGACACCUAAUGUACCCAAUGAGUUGACACAACCGUCGUACUGAUGUAUGUUUAGGGUAAGAGUGUAUGCCGAUUUCUGGGUUGCUAAUACUCCGCCUUAGAAGUAUUAUUGACUCGUACAAUUCUUAGAAUGGAGAGGGUGUCCGGUGUACUUUUCCUAUGCGGCCUAGAUUUUGCUAAAAAUAUUUUCCUAAGUCGCAAAAUGUUACUGUUUUUACUGCUGUUUUGAGACUUUUGUGGCACUUUAGAAUUGCGGCGGGUAUGGUGACUUGAAAAUUUCUUUUUUAGUUGGUUGGUCUGAGAACGAAGAGAUAGGUCGAUUUGAAUAAACUGAACUCUGUUGUCGGUUUGUCAGUAAUGAGAAAUCGGUCGGAUCUCAUUUCGUAACAGUACCUGCAGUAGAAAAGCUCCAGCCCAGCCCCUAUCCCCUAACCUUAAUCUAACCUUAAACAUCAGCCCCUAACUCUCAAUCCCUAACCCCUACCCCUAACCUCUGACCCCUAGCCCUAAACCCUAAAAGCUGCGGCUACAAGAUAGGAUCUUGCCGAGAAAUCAUAUCAAAAGGGGAGCGAUAUGCUAGUCUACACAUUUUAAACGGCUUCCUCAACUUGACUUGACGAAGACGUAUGGUUAUUUUAGUUAUCGAAUAAAUUUCUUCAUUGCAUACACAACUUUCCGAAACGUUUCGUCCAAAGCAUAAACCUUCGAGGUAGACAUAAACAAGCAAAUAACCCGAUAAGACAAACUCUGGCAGGCAUUUUGAUUCCGGACUUACCUAUUAAACCAAAAGGCAGCAUCCAAUCAACUCAUCUCGGUUUCCGGCGUUUGCACCUAGUCGCCGCGGCCACGAUGACAGGACUCUGUAUCGUUAGUUUGCCUCUCGAGUGCUCAACGAGCAUAUGUGCCCCUCGAGCACGCGUUCCUCAUUUCAGUUAGAUUACCCGUGUUUGAAAAGGCAUGCUUCCGCUCACGGGGAUGCUGCAUGAACCGGAGUUACUUUUCUUCUCUCUCUUCAGGACCUCUCCUUCCAGGACAAGCACUGGCAUGAGGCCUGUUUCUUGUGCAGUCAGUGCCAGAAGAGCCUGUCGGACAAGCCGUUCGCCACCAAGGAUAAUGGCAUCUACUGCCCAGACUGCUACGAUGAGAAGUUCGCGGCCCGCUGUGAUGCCUGCGGCAAGACCUUCAAGGCUGCCAUGCGCAAGUACGAGUACAAAGGCGGCGCCUGGCAUGAGGAGUGUUUCCUCUGCAGCGAGUGCAAGCAGCCCAUAGGGACGAAGAGUUUCAUUCCUCGCGGCGACGCCAUCGUCUGCAUUGCCUGCUAUGAGGACAAAUUUGCCCAGAAGUGCGAGAAGUGUAAGCAGGUACAGGACAAUCUUUGUAGUUCUUGCCAGAUGCAGACCUGCUUUUCUUCCGGGGUUUCAGGUUAUUCCCGCCGCCGAUGUGGUGCAGACUCGCAAAGGCUGCUUAUACGGUUCCGUGUAGGUUUUAGUGGACAAGAUUACGCAUUCAUGCCAUGCGUUAGCACUUCCGCUGGUUGAAGUAAUUGACCGCGGCUGAGAGGUUGUUUGAGGCUGUAACACCACCCAGCUGUGAUGCUGUCAGAUUAUACUAUUUCUGUAAUGAUCCACAGCCUCAGUUUGUUUGGGGAAACUCAUAUUGAGGCUACAUAUUUGAGAAUACUCCACGGGUUCCUCUUCCGUCGUUCAACUUAGCUCGAAAGUAUAGUAGGUGGGCUAACUCACGAAAUGUCAACCGAAAUUUCGGAAUUGUGUUCGUUUCGAAAAGACUAAUUAAGUAGGGUUGUAAAACUAAUCAGCCCGCAGUAAAAUUCUAUAAUAAUGCAGUUACCUCAAGAUGCCGGUCUUCGGACGAACGUCCUUCCGGCUGCAUACAUAAACCAGACUUUGUAAAAAAUGACUACGUAUGUAGCAUGCAUUUUUCUCAUUGAUUUUUGAUGCCCCUAAAUGUCCAAUUAUAUUUCUUAGAAAACAUGCAUAAAAAUAUCCAUUCUUCCGCUCCUUCGGUAGCAAAUCACGUCUUCUUCCAAUUUUAUACUCGAAAGAAGGACAUAACGCGAAUUUCAAAAGCUUUUCCAAUUCCCGGCUAAUUUCGAACCCUCUGUGUCCUCACACUUGCAUUCGGGGUUCCCAAACUGCCUGCCAUAUAUUUUCUGCGUGCAAAAACAUACAUUUCACUACGGUAUUAAGAGGAGACCAUAUGGAAUUCAUAAAAUUUGGCAUUGGAUUUGAUCCAUAUUGCUAGCUUUACAAGCCACAUUGGUAAAUGCAGAGACAUAACGUUUUAUGAACGGCCAUUUCACGGUAUUUAAAAGUCUCACAAAUAGAAACUUUUUGAAACCGAAUUUUGUCCCUCCUUUGAGUACAAAAUUGCAAGAAGACGUAAUUUUCUACCGAAUGAGCGAGCGAACAAAUAUUUUUCUGCAGGUUUUUCAUGAAAUAUAAUUAAACAUUUAGGGCCAUCGAAAAUCAAUGCGAAAAAUACAGGCUACGUAAGUAGUCAUUUUUUACAAAGUAUGGUUCAUGUAUGCAGCCGGAAGGACGUUCGUUCGAAAGCCGGCAUCCUGAGUUAACUAAAUUAUUACAGAAGUUUACUGCAGACUGAUUAGUUUUAAAACGCUACUUAAUUAAUCUUUUCGAAACGAAAGCGCAUUUCGGGAUUUCGGUUGGCAUUUCAUGAGUUAGCCCACCUGGUGUAGGUAGCCCCAGGGGGAUUUAAAAUGUCGUGCAGGACUCCCGAACUCCAAUUCCUGCUUCCGAGGAACGAGAAUUCAGUGUCCGUUCGUAUGCCAUAAGGCAUGCUACACACUGUAGGAUUACGGGCCAGAUCCCUGCUCACAACACCCCCUGGUGGGCUGGGAGGCCGAAUUCGGCUAAGCGUCAGCGGACGCAGAAAAGUUUGCAAUAGGGCCGCAGUAUGUUGAAUUAUAAACCCGGCCUCAAAAUUCCUAGGGCAGACUGAGUGCAGAUAGGUGGAUAUCGCUGACACGAGCCUCUACCUUUGGUUCCAAUUAGCCAAGUAUUUCUUCAGUUGUGAAGAACUUUUGGGGUCAAAAAGAGGAGACCUCUGUCCAUUUUUCAUCUGACUCUAACUUCUGGAAUCGGCAGUAAAAUAUUAAUGGUAGGAGUGUCACUGCUGACAGGGAAGAUUCCCCCUGCUAAAUUCCCCAGAAUUAUAAUAUUCCGUCCUAUAGAGUACAGUGUAUUCAAUUUUCAAAUACGGAAGCCGAAACUCAAUCGCUCAUUCAGUCAGUUGACCAACAGAAUGCGACCCGAUGGGACAAUUGAACUGUGUUUUCCUUUGAGUUACAAUUCUCAACAUCUCACAUCCCUUUGAACUCUACAAAGUCUUUCAGAGAGCCAAGUGACUGUCUCAGGUAAACAAACUACAAGCAAGGGGGAUGUUAGGAGAUUUUCAUGAAAAACAGAGGGACACCGAACCUCCCUGCGACUGCUCAGCCCUUAUAGGACAAGACUUUUAUGUCGUUAAGGCCUAUCUUCUCCAGCUGUCUUGGAGAUCAUUCUGCAAGAUUAGAUUACCGGGGAAUUAGCACAGAUAUCUAUGUCUGGGACUGUUUAGAGGAAUUAGUCAGUAGUUGGAAGUUGUGGUUUUUAUACUGUCGACAUAAACUGAUUGGCGCAUUACAUGAAGGGAGUAAAGACGAGGGAAUAGGCGGGCGCCAUGGCGACAAUCAGAGUAUCGGAGGGAGAAAGUCGGUAGAUAAUAAAAUUGGUAAAGUCGACAUGGAUUUCCUCUUUCCCCGCGCUGAAGUGGAAGGUGGAGUAAAAACAAACCAAGUCACUUAUAACUCAACAUAGCACAGAUGAGAAGUAGACCAGACGACCGAUUUCUCCUAGCCACCAUUGUGGACUGCCUUUUAAACCUGUUUCAACUGGCUGGGAUCAGUUUAUUGAAGUUAAGAACAUUAAAAAAUACUAACCUUUAAUGGCACCUUCAUUCUGACUGUCUCACUCUUUACACAACUAUUUUUGCACACUGUAAAGCCUUGCCGACUAGAGCGUCUUUCGUAAAUAUUGAAGGAUGAAUCAUACUAGCAACUUAGACACGCCAGUUUCGCCGAUCUUGUGCCACAGACGCGGGGGUCUCUGCACAUCGGAGCAUCCACCAGAGGUCCCGUGUUCUCCAGUUUCCAUGCCGCCUUGUCUAAUUUCCGGGUAAAAUUAGUGCGCGAACGCUAAGCAAAUCCGGACAUGAGAACAGGAGUCGCCUGCAUGCGCCGAGAUGCGUCUGCUGGUUGGGCUCGAGAGAGAGAGCCCAUAAGGCACAACGGAACGAGUGAGUUCCGUAGAAACGAUCGGUGAACGCCCCUUACCAUUGUAUAUUCCCGAUCGAAACCGACAGGGCAACGAGUCUGCGACUCAGGGGUUAGGGUCGCUGGACUUCUAGCUAACAGGUCGCGAGUUCGAGCCCAACGUUUUCCGCACUUCGGGGUUGGGUAUAAUUGGCUGAUGACGUCUAAUAAGCCGGAAAUGGCCAUUCCAGUCUCCCUUGUCUUUGUCGGUAAUGCCAUUCUGCCUAUAUCAUGCGCUGCUGGACGUUGUGCGAGACAGUAAACUAUCUUUACUUUCUCUGAGUAGGAUGGGCUUAGUAGGGAAUAUUAUUUGACAGAAUGGUAUUACCGACAAAGACAAGGGAGACUUUGUCGGCAAUAUCAUUCUGCCUACAUCAUGCGCCGCUGUGCGGCUGCUGGUUGGGCUCGACAGAGAGCCCAUAAGACACAACGGGACGAGUGCGUUCCGUAGAAACGGUUAGUGAGCGUCCCUCUACCAUUUUAGAUUCUUUGUAUCAACUUCUGAUGAAAUUAAGGUUACGUUUAAGGUGGUGGUUAGGGUUAGGGAUUGGGUUAAAGUCGGAGGUAAUGUUAAACAGAAACAAGUUGAGGCUUACGUUAGGGGUUAGGGUUAAGUGUAGACUUGAAGAUUGGGAUGGGGUUAGGGUUAUGAUUAGGGAAACGGUUUAGUUUUAUGUCAGAAUUAUUGAUGGGGUUAGGACAAGGGAAUAUUUUGUCCUUUCGAGAUUUAUGCGUAGGUCUAACUAUAUUAAUUGAUCGAGACGUUCCUAUUUCCGUGUACUGUUAAGACGUCCGCAUAAGUCAGUCCCGCCGUCAAUCCCUCAGAACAAACCAAUUUUCCGGCUCGGCCCAGAAGUUGAUAUUAGCAUUUCGAACAGGUUCUGAAAAAGCAACGAUCCGAAGGCAUUAAACCACGUUCGCGCAUUAAUUCCCCCCCGGGAAUUAAACACUUAACACAGGGGUCUUUUGUAGUGCCACAUCUGGAAAAUAGGCAUUUUUGUUGUUGGUGAUGGUGCAGGGCGGAGAACUGAGAAUAUGAGACCGCCUUUGGGGAAUCCAUUUCUACGACAGAUGAGCACAUUGCCUACUAUUAUGAAUCAAAAGCGCCUGAAUACACAACAACGCGAUAUCAGUCGUACCAACUUACAUGACUUGGUCCUUUUCGGGAUCAGGGUCAGUCUACAAUGGCUCCUUCUAGGCAGCCCAUACUGUAGUCCGUAAUUGGGUCCAUGUCGUGUAUGGCAUGCGUAGAGUAGUCAUUCAGGUGUGUCAACCACUGCGAUCGAACCCGUCGUCGGUCGUCCCGACCCUGUUUUGUUGUUGGAUUUAGACGAGCGAGGAGGGCGAGAGUGCGGUAGAUACCGCGCAAGUCUGCCUCACUCCAAGCUAAUUCCCGCGCUCAAUUCGCUGGCGUCACGCCCAAUCGGGUAAACAUGCGACGGACGUCGCUGACUGCGGCUAUCUUACUGUCGGGGCUCUAUUUGACCUCGCUGUGAGUUAAAUAAGGUGUUGACCGUAGAGUUCAUGUUGCCAGCGAUGAUCUUGCGGGUCCACAUAGGUUUACCUGCACCACUGACGGGACAGAAGACCUAUAUCGUGCCACGAAGUAGACGUCUUGUUAGGUUCGUUACUGGUGACCCUUUCUGUCGACAACACUGUCUUUUGAUUGGCCUGGUGGGCGCCCGCGACAGUGUUAUCAAGUAAGCCCGAAAGGAGCUUGCCUGGCUUGACUUCGACUACUGUUCACGUCCGGGGCAGACUUGGUUUUGCGGGCCUUUAUCAGUGGAUAGAAAAACAUGUCCUCGUGCUAGGGAACGUUCGCGCACUUUUCCCCGGUCCCUAUGAUGCGCAGUCAAACUUCCCGUUUUUCUGCACCACCUUCUUGCUCGGAUGAUACUACUUACUAUUUUAACUCGCCAGGUGAUUAACAAGGGAGGCAUCACGUACAAGGGCCAGCCCUGGCACAAGGAAUGUUUCCUCUGCGCCAAGUGUGGUGGACAACUGGCAGGACAGAAAUUCACUUCCAAGGACAAUGCAAUCUACUGUGCUGACUGCUACUCGGAGCUUUUCGCAAAGAGAUGCAAUCACUGUUCAAAACCCAUCAGCGGUGAGUCUUUUGAUCUCAAAAUCACUCUUAGAAUGCGGCGCGCGCGGUCUCGAGAGGCAGAUGGAAAUGGGGUUGAGAUAGGGGAACAUACAGUUCUUCGAGGGCAUGGAAUCGUGUGAAGGCUCAGUUAAGAACUCCUGUUUAAUCAACGGAGGUCAGAAUAGGCGUACAGUGCGAGCUGAAACUCACAGUGCUCUCACAUGUGUCUAUGGCUGAUCGAUAAAAGGCGUGCCUUUACAGUGACCGAGUUUCUGGUUUCCAUCGAUAAUUUCCAGGCUCUAUCAAAGAAGUCACUGUUGAACAAGAAAACUAUUUUCGCAAUGAUAUUGGGUGAUCCUCAACCGCACUUUUUUAUGGAACAAUUGAAAAAAACAGUUUUGCUUUUAUACCAUCCCAAAUGAUAUUCAAUCUUUUUACCAAUGCUCAAACAGUCUAGUAGAUGAGAGUACUUUUGAAGCAUAUAAGUAUAUGCAAACAAGAAUAAGUGCACAUCAUUCUGUUGGCCGUCGAAGCAGACAAGCCCGGACAGCUUUUCGAAGCUCACAAUCAGACAAACUCGGUCAAUCUGCGAUGGCAAAGAGAGAAAUAUUGGCAGAAAUGUGAGCAGAUUGGUGCAGAAUCAUCUCAGGCUUCUUCCGUCCUCACUCAGUCGGUCAUAACCAUGACCAUCUUCUGAACCCAAAAACGCAAAAACAUGUGCACAAAACCGGCUUAGAGAUCUGUCAGACGCGUCACAAUUAAUUCACCGAAAGGAAGUUUAUCAGCGCCUCACCGCUUGGCAUUCUCUCUCUCUCUCUCGCAGCAUAUGGAUAUUUAUUCAUUCUGGGGUGGAAGUGUACUGAUCCACUGGCUCUGUGAGACAAACAAGCUUCGACUGAGUGGCAGAAUUCAUGAGUGAGCAAGCAUAUCCCAGGCCGAGUUCGGCAAAGUUGGAAUAGCUUAGAAGCUCGCGAAAGUAAUGCGGUCAGAAUUGUGCAAGGUUUUUCGGGCUUAUUUUGCCUUCAUUAAGUCCACCAUAACCCCGGCUAAUAUGAAUGGCCACAGACAGUGUCUUUAUACACGCAUAUAUGCGUUGAAAAACAGGCAUCCCAAGAAAUAUAAUUAGAAAGGUGAAGUUCUUUGGGAAACAGCAAAAGUUAUUGUGUAAAUUUUCGAGAGUGGUUCCCCAGCUCGUCUUCAGACAACGGGAGUGCAAAAACAAUUAACUCCUAUUUAACUGCAAUUAACUUCUAUGGGUUCAACCAUAUCCGGUUUCCUGGCAGAGGCAGUACUACAAAAAUUAGAGAGCAUAGCGCUUCCCACAGUCAACCCAAAACUUUGGCUGCGAUACGUGGAUGACACUUUUGUCAUCAUCAAGAAAAAUUAGUUGAAUCUGCUCCAUACCAAUAUUAACUCAGUAUUUCCAGGAAUUGCAUCUAUUUUCGAAACAGAAGUCGAUGAACAACUCCCAUUCCUGGAUGUCCUGGUAUGCCGAAAAACCGAUGGAUCACUUCAGACAUCAGUUUAUCGCAAAGAGGCGUAUUCAGAGGUCAUCUUACACUUAGAGAGUAACCACCCUGUCUCUCACAAACGGAGUACACUCUACAGCUUUCGGAAUCGAGCCAAAGUUCACGCUCUGAUGAAACAAGUUAUCGAGCAGAAAUGAAAUAACUCUACAAACUGUUCUCCCAAAAUGGGUACCCGCAUGACUUUAUGCGUCAAUGCAUGAGGCACCAGUAACUCAAGGGAAAAGGUAUUUCCAAUGAUACGGCCGCUCAGGCACCAAAACCAACCACAUGGCGAACUCUCCCAUGCGUUAAAAAUGUAUCUGGACUUGUCGAAAGACAAUUGAAAAAGUACCAGAUACACGUAGCACAUCAGCCGGCAACUACCUUACGCACGCAACUUGUACACCCUAAGGACAGGGUUGGCUACCUCGAAAGAAAAAGUGUGGUCUACAAAAUCCCAUGUUCUAGCUGUGAUGCCGUUUAUUGUGGCCAAACUCGGAAAUCUGUCUUAACCCGUAUACAUGAGCAGCAGUCAGCGUUGAAGAAACGCGACCACCUAUUCCAGGUGGCCAUGCACACACUGGACACUGGGCACAAAUUUGCAUGGGAAAACACUCGCAUUGUUGGCGCCUGCCCAACAAGGAAAGGCCGCGAAUUCCUGGAGACAAUGCACUCAGAUGAGGCAUGCAUCAACCGGCAUAUCGAUUUAGAUGCCACAUACAAAAUCGUUAAGGACAGAUUCAAAUUGACUCAACCAAUCCCGAGAUGAUGACCUUAACCAAUCAUAGAAUCCUUUUGCCAAACUCAGUCUAGAAGUAAAUUAUUUUUACACGCCCGUUGUCUGAAGACGAGCUGGGGAACCAGUCUCAAAAAUUUACACAAUAAACUUUGCUGUGUCUCAAAGAACUUCACCUUUCUAACACACAUAUAUAUAUUCGAUCAGGAGCGGUAGACCUAAGUGGUGAAAUAACUGUGUCAGGUUCGUCUGUGCGCAUGUUUGUGUUUCCGGUCCCAGCUGCUGGUCAGGGAAAAAUAAGCCCAAAACAGUACUGUAUCAAGUUUAUCCUCACUCUCUGUCCUCUCUUCUUGACACAUAUAUGCAUACAGUAGAUGUGCUAACUCCUGCAAUAUUGACAGAAAUUCUGAGAUGCGUUUUUCACUCAAAAAGAAAACUUAGACAGGGUUGCAAUAAUAAUCACCGUGCAGCAUGACCCAAUAAUAAUUCUGUUAUUCCUGGACGCCAGCUUUCAAACAAACUUCUUUUUGGCAGCCUGCAAAAAUGGCCACUUAAGUGCCAUGAAAAUUUCUCGUUGAUUUUCGGUGUCUUUAUAAAUUCAGAUAUAUUGCACGGAAACCAUGCGUAAAAAUAUUCAUUCUUUUGCUUAUUUGGUAGAGAAUUACGUCUUCUUAAAAUUUUUUACUUAAAGGAAGCAUACAAGUCAGAUUUGAUAGACUUUUCCAAUUCCUGAACUUUUUGAUACCAACAUGCCGCUAUACUUUCCAAACAACAAGACUUGUAUUUUCCGCGUACGAAAAAGCACAUAUUUCCCUACGUUAUUAAGAGGAGACCGUAUAGGAAUUUACAAAAUGUAUCAGUAGAUCUGAGUACAUUGUAAAUUUUGCAAGCAACAUUAGUAAAUGCAGAGACAUGGUGUUUUGUGAAUGGGUAUUAUACGGUCCUAAAAAUAUCCUAAUUAAAGACCUUUUAAAACCGGAUUAUAUCCUCAUCUUAAGUAAAAAGUUAAAGAUAUGGUUCCUUACCCAAUGAGCAAGGGGAUGAAUAUCUUUAUGCAUGCUUUCUAUGAAAUAUAUUUGAAUUUAUAAGGACAUCGAAGAUCAACGAGAAACAUUCAUGUUAAUCAGGACGCCAAUUUUUACAGAGUGCAGUUUAGCAGGCAGCCGAAAAGAAGUUCGUUCAAAAGCCAGCGUCCUGUAGAAAUGGAAUUAUUAUGAAACGAUACUGCAUGGCAAUUGGUAGUCCGGCCUUACUUAAGUAUUCUUUUUAGUGGGAAACACCUUCCAGAAUUUCGGUUAACAUUUCAUGAGUCAGCACGUCUAUAAUCUACAUAUAUGAGAUGAAGAGGCGAUCUCGAGAACCAUAGUUGUAUUGCCCUGACGUUUCAAAAGCAAACAAGCUUUCAUCGUCGGAAGUGAGUGUUGUACCUUGCCUCACAGUAUUUAUAGGCGGUGACGAUCUUGUUACAACGGGUUUACGUCUAUUCGGGGGUCGUCGUUCGGACGCUAGCUGUCAUCGCACGUGUUUGUAUUGAUCUUAGCUCUCUUCAUAGGCUGGUAAUCUUCUUCACCACCCCGCAGCCACUUGUGUUCUCACCUGCCGCAUGAGCGGCAGUGACGAUUACACCCUCAUCGGGUCCGUUCGUUUUCACACCCGCCAGAUAAUUGGACGACGCGACUGUAGUGACGAUCGCACCUUCGUCAGACUCGGGUUGUAGUACAAGUGCGAGUGUGUCCUCAAUGGACUAGGCCGUAUUUUGGGUUUCUGUCUUGUCGUAGCCUGCCUCUUCUCUUCUGUUCACUGAGCUGUCGAUUACUAGUCGUUAUAUGACUGCCUGUUAGGGACCCAGAUUGAAUCCCUAGGCGCGACGGAACAAUCACGUCCCCUAACUUGAUCAGUGAACUCCCAUCCCAUGAUUAACACAUGUAUAUUAUAUGCGAUAAGAUCCGGUUAAUUGAACUACCAUUUAUGUGGAUAGGAAGAAUCUCCUGCCACUUUUUGAAGAACUGAAACAGAUUGUUUAUAUUAUCCUUAUUUCUCUCCUGCUAACUGGGGACCUAAUGCGCGUAUAUGGGUUGGUUUUUGCUCCAAGUCAGUAACGGAGAGACAAUGUUGGAUGAAUAGUUAGCAUUUUGACAGCUAGAGGAAUGGUUUGAUGGUCGAGAGCUUGGCAAAGUAGCUGGUCUGCCUGUUGUUCACAUGUCAUUCAACAAAUUAACCUCUACAUUCAGGGCGCCUGCGAGCGUGGAAACGAGCCUACUGAUCCAGGCGCCUACGGACAAUUUGUUGUUUACGGACUUUCCCAAGCUGAUGUCAGUCGUGCGGUCUAAUCGCCUGUUACAGCCACUCUCUUGCAUACAAAUAGCAUGGAAAGUUGGGAUGUAACACUAAGCAUCAAAGUUUCCCUGUUGGACCGAAAACCAAGUCAACUCUAAUAAUCGUCAACUGUUGGCAAACUGGGUUUGCCAAAGUCUGCAAUUACAGGAAUAUUGCACAGUAGAAUAACUUACGAGACUAAGAACACCUGAAGAUCACUCCUGGGUUCCGAAAAUGAACGAAUUAUCUGAUUUAGAAAUUGAUACAUGCAUUCAUAAUCCAACGAUCCGAAGGUUUGCACUUUGCUCCAAUCCCCCCACUAACCGCAGCUUCACCUUAAGGUCACCGGACCUAGUCAUAGUCCAUCGAAAUUUCAAGCGUUUUGGUACAACCAGAAAAAAGACGUUUACCUGAACUGUCUAUUAAACAAGCAGAGUAUUUAUACGACUGUUGUCUUUCAGCAUUAGAUCUUAAAUUUUGGGUGGAAUUCCAGUUAGAGAGGGGCAUAUGAAACCCUAUUACGGAAGGCCUUGCUCUAAAGCCCAGGAAGUUAGGGUUUGUGUUAGGACGACUAGGAUUAACGUUACAGUGGGUGGGCAAACUCAUGAAAUGUCGACUGAAAUUCCAAAAUGUGUUUUCAAUUCAAAAAGAUUGAUAAAGUAGAAUUGUAGAAUUAAUCAAUGUGCAGCAUAGGUCUAUAAUAAUUCAGUUACAUCAGGAUGCUAGCUUUCGAAUGAAUUUCUUUCCGGCUGCAUGCAAAAGCUAUUCUCUGUAAAAAAUGACUACUUCAGUAACAUGCAUUUUUUCAUUUAUUUUCGAUACUCCUAUAGAUUCAAAUAUAUUUCAUGGCAAAAAUGCAUAAAAAGAUUCAUGCUUUUGAUCAUUCGGUAGAAAAUGACGUCUUUUUCUAAUUUUAUACUCGUAGUUAGGGUAGGAUUCGCUUUUGGCAUGUUUCUAAUUGUGAGAUUUUUUUAAUACCUUGAAAUGGCCGUUCAUAAAACGGCAUGUCUUUGAAUUUACUAACAUGGCUUGUAAAGUUAACAAUAUGGUUCAAAUCCACUGCUAAAUUUUAUGAACCCCAUAUGGUCUCCUCUUAAUACCAUAAAGAAAUGUAUGGUUUUCCGCAGGCAUAAAAAGUAUACGGCUUGUGGUUUGGGAACCUGAAUGCAAAUGUAACGGCAGGUCGGGUUCAAAAUUUUUCGGGAACUGGAAAAGUUUUUUAAAACCGAGUCAGACCCUUCCUUCGAGUAUAAAAUUGGAAGAAGAGGUAAUCUCCUACCGAAUGAGCAAAAGUUGGAAUAGUUUUAUUCAUGUUCUUUAAGAAAUAUAUUUGAAUUUUUAAGCGCAUCUAGAAUCAUUGAGUAAAUUGCAUGCAGCAUAAGUAGUCAUUUUUUUACAGAGUCUGGUUCCUGCAUGCAGCCGGGAAGAAGUUUCUUCGAAAGCCGGCAUCCUGAGAUAGCUGAAUUAUUAUAAAAUUAUGCUGCGUAAUGAUUAGUUUUACAACCCUACUUGAUUAAUAUUUUCGAAACGAAAAUGCAUUUCGGAAUUUCGGUUGACACUUUAUGGGUUAGCCCACCUACUAUUGGUUUAGUUUUAGGAAUAAGUCCAGGACAGGUAGCGUUGCUGGUAGUGGUAGACACUGGUAGAUGCGGGCUCACUAAUUGCGUUAAGUGACACACUCGUCAUGUUUUGGAAGAUGAAGAUGCGAUCACUGGAACAAGAAAUUUAUUUGCCUGACGUUUCGGAUUCUCAAUCGAAUCCAUCAUCAGAGACAUUCGCAGAUAAAGGUGAUUCUGGCACCGGGAGUGCAGUAUUUAUAGCACGUGGCUGCCGUGGGAGCGUAUGCGCACUGCAAGUAACAGUUCUCGCAAUCACCGCUGGGGUCGUAUUUGAUGCGGUGCUGGCUUGUCGGUCCGAGUCCGAGUCGUUAAUUGCCGCGAUUUCGUCAUCCGUGCUGGAUGCUGGUGUGACGAUUGCUCGGUAAACUGGCUCACUGUCACCGUGAUAAUUGCUCGCCCGCGCCCUCCCCGCGUGACUGAUUCUCCUGCCCAGGGAAAAUCGCAGUACGGAAUAUGGUAACGGGAGGUCAUUGUGCUUGUUGAUGUAUUGUAGGCUUGAGAACCAUGACUCGAGCAGCUCGCGACUCACGCGGUUGUCCCCCCUUGCGAGGAUUUCGGUCCCUUGAAAUUUGAAAAUAUGGCCGGGUCCCGUCGACUGUGCCGCCACCUGAGAGUUCGCGUCUCCCCGCCUCACUGCUGCUGCGUGCUCGGCAAUUCGCGUACGGAGUAAUCUCCCAGUUUCUCCGACGUAGUUGCUUUGUCCGCAAUUAUACCAGAUCCGGUAAACGACUCCUGACGUUUCCUGCCGUGGCAGCGGGUCUUUUGGCCUCAUGACUUGGCGCCUAAUGGUUGCUUCCGGCCUGUGUCCACCUGUUUUGUCCACAGGUCCUAGUCUCAAGCCCCGCCAGCGGCCCGCGAUGGUUAGUAAUAUAGACCAAAUAACAUUGCCGACAAGGUCAAAGGAAAGUAGAGUGCCCAUUCCAGGCAGGGCUUGAGAUUGUGCCCCAAUGUACAGCGGGACGCGUAUGUCCUGUAACACACCCUUCCACCGUUGUUAGUCUAUCUGAUCGCGACCCACAAGACGCCGAGCUCGUGGCUCAAUGCCCAGGGCAUUGGGCUUCAAAAUAACCGGUCGCAGAAGUAGCCCAAACUCUGGGGCUUGUGUGUGGCUGGCAGAUGAUGACUAGCAAUUCAAAACUGGCAAUUUCAGCCCGCAUUGUCUUUGUCGGCAGUGUUGGGGGAGAUCCAUAAUCCCCUGUCCGACCCGAAUUACAAGUUACAUAGUUUCUGCCAAAAAGUGUAUGCCUUUGGAUGGAAAGAAAUUCGACGCAGUAGAUUUGGCCUAGUUCAUUGGGGAGAGUUGUCAGUACCGAAUGCUAAGACCUGGUCUGAUUUGCAUGCGUCUACACAGUGAACAUUAUGCCUGCUGACGUGUUUGUUUGCAUAGCAAAUCGAAGGUUUACUGGGGGUUAGGCAACGCCUAUGACUGCUUUGAUGUAAUCUGGCGUCCUUACGUGGCAUUUAUUUCUCCCUCGGUAUUUUCCUGAAGUCAUUAAGAAUUUAUGUAAAAAAAUUAUAUGAUACUUGCACAGUCCUAUCCUACUAUCAAAAUUUGUGGCGUAUCAGAUCAAGAACCCGGUAUAUAAUUUAAGUAAUCUGGAAGGGAAUUGCUGCUAUUAGCAGUGCCGUCAUUGCAGAAUAUGUCUGUCUCUUAGCUUGUAAAACGACCUCUGCUUUUAUUGUUGAUUUAGGCCUCAUAGAAGCGAGUUUUCAUUUACACAUCUAUCAGGUCUAAAAUAUUCGACUAACCUUACCCUUGUCAUGCUCCAGCAUUUUAAUGAAACUGGCAGCUACCUCAGUCAGGUUCUUAAGUUACUUAAAAUGAAUCGUUCCAAGCGAGGAAGAAGAAGCUGAAGAAGAAGAAGAAGAAGAAGAGAGGUCGAGCACCGGAACAUUUUGUUUAUGGUCCUAAGCUUUAGAACUCCUGCGGGAGUCCAUUGUCAGAAACGGUAGCAGCAACAGAACGAGCGACAUUUAUAGGGCAUGUAAGCCAAGCACUGACCAGAAAAAAAGAGCAAGUGAAGCACGUUAUCUCAAAAACUGGCUCUUCGAAGGCAUUCAUAAGUCGCUGCCCAUGCGAUCGCCCGCAGAGUACUCAAACAUCAGCACCAUCAACGAUAUGGCAUUCUAUGCCAUACAUUAAGGACGUUUCAGAAGCAACCGAGCGAAUUGUUGCAGAGUUGUGUUGGAAUUGCACACCGCCCUAAAACCACUAUGGGCCGGUUAAAACCUGAAGAGCAAUCUGCAGUGAUGUAUCGCAUGUCAUGCCAAAACUGUCCUCGUAACUACACAGGCCAGGCUGAACGACGAGGCUGUGCGAAGAAGUGACGCACACCUACGAACUGGGUCAUAAGUUUAACUUCGAAGCCGCCAAAAUAAUUGCCCACGCCGACAACAAAACAGGUCAGAAAUCGAUGGAGGCCUGGGCCCCGGAUGAGAACUCUGUCAAUCGAUUUAUCGAUCUGGCGCUGGCAUACAGAGCACUGCGCGGUCACCUCCAGGCUUGCGCCGUCGGUCAACGAUUGGCUAACACGCUCUAUAACUGUCGUUUGUUCUAUUGUUGCUACUAUCUCUAACGAUGGACUCCUGCACGAGUUCGGGCGCUCAGUACAAUGAACAUAAUGUUCCGGUGCUCGACUCCACCCCGUCUCCUUCUUUUUCUUCUUCUUCUUCUUCUUCUUCUUCAAUUAUGCAUACACCUGUAACUGGAAAUUUCGCCUUCAUGCAUGAAUAAUCACUAUUUUAUGAGGCGGGCCGUGUGAUCUAUCACCGACUACUUGAUACUUAUUGUAUAAUCUGUUAUUAAUGCACCGACGAGUUGUGGGACUUAGAAUUCCAUAGAUACAAGGGUGGACGAAGAGUUCCCUCUUUUCUAAUUGCUUGUUAGUCCUGCUAGGUGAUAAACACUGGAAAACGGCUUUUUACCGUUGCCUAUUCAUUCGACUGUCUUUCAACUAUUAACAACGUGAUGGCAUUUGAUUUAAAAAGAGGCUGACCACUUUUCUUUGUUCUUCCUCUCCAAUUUUCUCUUAGGCUUCGGUGGCUGCAAAUUCAUUACUUUUGAAGACAAGAAUUGGCACUCGGAAUGCUUCAACUGUAACAAAUGCCAGUGCAGUCUCGUUGGUCGUGGUUUCUUAGUGGAAGAUGGUGCGGUCGUUUGUCCAGACUGCAGUGCUUAG